AUGUCAACAAAAACUCCUUUACCGACGGUCAACGAGAAGGUGACGGAAAGUGUGAGUAUUAAAGGCUUUCUGAUGGUUAUUUUGGUAUUUAGGUGCAUAAAUGUGAAGUAUUGAGAUGAUGCUUUAAUCAUAAUGAAGACUGAGGUAAUUAACGGCUUUGAAUGCAUCAUUGAUAAUUGUUUCACACGGGUUUGCACUUUGUAGGUAAAUUGUAAACACGCAUAUCCUGUGCACCAAACCCACUCUUUAAACUACACUUUAUCAUAUUAAGGAAGUGAACUUUUAAACAUAUUUGUUCAAGUUUCGAUGUGACCACAGGUAAUUAGGAUGUAGACGGGACAUUAAGGCCCAACCACGAACAAAACUACAGUACUUUGCCUGCUGGUUCUGGCAGGCAACAGUAGUUUCUGCCCGGGCUCGCAAUUGGCUCUUUCAGCUGUCACUCAAAGAUUCCAGCCGUUCAGCUUCCAAAUAUGGACCUCAGGAGUCCCGCCUCCGGGUGACGAGCAGAAUAUCCUGUCUGAAAGUAGAAUGUCAAGGUAGCGGCAGGAAGUUGUCCGGGCAGGAUUUUCAAAAUAAAACAUUUAAGGUGUGAGUCAGUGGUAAAAAUCGGUGCAUUAAAAAAAUUUUUUUUAGUAUAUUUGUUGGUUUUGCUAAAUUUGUAAAAUUCUUACAGAAAAUUCGACGUAACCCAAAAAUUCAAGACCCAGCCCAACAGCCCCAAAGCAAACCCAGCUACAAUAAACGACUUUUUAAUUGACUUAUUAAUAUUAUUUUCUAUCCAACAGUUUAAAAUACCAGUAACUUAUCAAUAGUGCUUUAAUUUUGACCAUAUUUAUGCAAGAAAAUUCUCAAAAAUGCUCCAAGAAUCCAUCAUACUUAGUUCUGAAGCUUGACUCCUCUAUUAAAUCUUUUGCGCAUCUCGAGAAGAGAAGAGAAGAGAAGAGAAAAUUGGCUUUUAAUUUGACGUUCAUGGCCUGAAAAGUUACUGAGAACUUUUUCUUUUUAUUGCAACAGAGCAGCAAGUCUGUUUACAGGAAAUUGAGCAAUGUGAGCCACUGUAAAAACACAUUUUUUACUACCAUCAUAAACCUGGGAGCAGCAAAGCUAUGUUACAUAAAUCGUUAUCUAGCAUUUCAUCUUCAGAUGCUCUUACACAUCCUUCAUCUGUGGGAAAAUAUUUAGAGCCGCCCUUCUUGCAGGUGUCCGGCUGAAUGCAGCGGGUUGUAUACAUUUCUAUACUUGUCUUAUCUCCUUUUUCUCGUAUCCCUGCGCACAUUCCUUCUUCUCUCUGUAUCCCCAUCUGUGAAAUGCAAGCACAUAAUGCCUUUAUGUGAUAUCAUCAGAAUCUUGUGACUCAGCACGGUAGCUGCAGAGAGUCAGCUGGAGAUAAGACCAAUCCUGCACAAACACAGAGCUGAGCGCUGAUAAGACGCAGGGAAACUUAUUGAUCCCAGCAGGUAAAACAAGGACGCUUGAGGAGUUUGGAAAAUGACAGCUUGAAACCAGUGAAGACAACAGGAAACAAUGUUCUUUGUUUGUUGGUUGAAAGGAAACCUAUUGGCUGCAGUAUUGAUUGCUGAUAAAUCAAUGAGUUAUUUUGCGUUAUCUAAUGGAUCUGCGUCUCGGAGUUUCAUGUUUAGCUUGUAGAGCAUUAUUAAAGCAUUGUUGUAGGUGGUUGGACCAACAGGAAUAAGAUCUCUUAGUCAACUAAAAGUACACAUCCUCACUAACAACCAAUUAUAAUAAGUAGCUGCAACUAUAGAUGUUAAUUUAAUCAUCAAGUAGUAGGUCACUAGUUUAGUCAGUGAAUUUGAGAAAAUAGUUGAGAAGUCCAGAAUGAUUCUCUGUUUUGUCCAAGAUCUAAAGUUAUAGAGUUAACCGUUCCAACGUGAAGCAUGUCAAUGAAACACAAACACCACUUUACUGUAACAUUCAGUGUGUUUACAUGCACAGCUUAAUCAGACUAAUUCGUAUACAUGCAGCUGAGAAAAUCGAAUCAUUGACAUGAACGUGUCCUCCUCCCCAAAACUAGGGGGUGAUAUGGGUGUUGUUUUGUAGCAGUGCUCCAUUCCUCGUUUUGUGUCCGUCCAAAUACUUAAAAAUGUACGUUUCUGUCAGGAGGGAAGGCAUAACGGCGCUCUCCUAGUCGUUCCAAAAGUGGACAUUCUUUCGUGCUUCAGCCAUGUUGCAGUUGCUUCUGAGUAGUGCUGGACGAUAAUUCGAUAACAAUAUAUAUCGAUCAAUAGACGUGUGGUGCGAUAGAAAAAAAACGGGUCGAUAAAAAGUUCGAUAGAAAAACACAGUUUCCCUUUCUUUUUCAUCAUAGCCUAUCAUGUAGCUUUUACUACAGUCAUUACUUCCUCCCAACCAAUCACAAACGCAGACCCAGGUACGCUACGGCACCAAGCCCAGCCCCUAUCAAACCACAACAGACAGCACGUGUAUUAGAAAAAAUGAUACAGCAAGGAGAAGCGGAGGACAUUGUCCCGAAAAAAGGUUUCAGUAGUUCACCAGCAUGGCAAUGUUUUGGUUUUUAGAAGUCUGACAAAAAGCGACCAGCGGUCGUUUGCAAAAUUUGCAGAGAAUUGGUAAAACAAGUUGGUUGUGUUACCAGACUUGGUUUUUACUAUCUAAACCGAUCGCACCCGCAGGAGUACGAGCUGUGUCGGCCGCGCCGCGGCUCCACGUCAUCGUCGGAGGAAUCCUCUGGAACCGCUGCCAGCACCAGCACAAAGCAUGUGAAGCAGACCAAACUGGACUUCGUUUCUUGCCAAAAUACGACAAAGCGUCCGAGCGGCAUAAGGACAUCACCCAUGCAGUAACAUGCUCCAUAGCGAGGGACAUACUGCCAAUAACUACCGUUGAAAAGCCUGGCUUCGACCAGCUUCUAGCCACUCUCGACCCGCGAUAUGAAGUGCCCGGCCGCGAGUAUUUCUCAAACACAGCGCUUCAGGCAUGAAAAAGGGUCAGGGGUUGAAAAGGUGAGAAGGGUGCGGAGGAAAUGCGUUCCCGUCCACUCAUUAGCUUCUUAAAGUGGAAGAAAAUGAGCUCAUAUUUUACAAAGAUGCGAGUAUUUGGAUCAUGGCUACUAGCAGGGGGUGCAUUCGGCAGGGGUGCAUUCUACGACACAACACCGGCUUGGAUAAGUCCUGCUUCUCGUGCUUAGUUUGUGUAUUAAGUCAAUCACAUGAUAAUUAAAAAAAAUAAAUCUCCCGACCCCGGGAGAAAUAUUUCAGUGUUCAGACACCAGGCUGUGGGCAGUUUCCCACACAGUUAAAACUGGUAGUAUGCUAUUCCCACCUAAAGCUAUUCUGUUUAUUUAUGUAUUUGUUUGUUUUGUUUAUUUUCAUCAAAAGACUAUUUAAAUAUUUAUUUAUCAGAUUUUCUGGUCACUUUAGUCUUUAUGUUUGUCAGUAUUUACUGACGUCACUCAGGCCACUUAAGUUGAUUUCUUUUUUUUUUUAGUUCUUUUUUAAAAAACUUUCAGUUGUGGUAAAAUAAAAAAGGUGGUUAAAUAAAGGUUUGAAUUUGAAUUCAGUGCUUGUGUGUUCUUUAUUAAAAGUAGGUCAUUAAGCAAUAGCAUAAAACAUCCAGGGCUGCAAUUAAAAUAUAUGUUAAAUAAUUAUAAUAAUUAUAUCGAUAAUUAUCGAUAUCGAUCAAUAUGAUUUAUUUUUUAUCGAUAUGCUUUUUUUCUAUAUCGUCCAGGCCUACUUCUGAGUCGAAAGUUCUUUAAAUGUUAGUGCCACUUCUUGGCGCACAUUUUCCGAUCAUACUCUGACUAUGCUGGUUACAUGGUAGAGAAAAGGGGAAGGUCCCACCUCCUUUGCCUCUGAUUGGCUAGAAAAGCUGGAAAUGUCAACACAUGCUCAAGCCAAACUGUCAGCACUCAUAGCCAAUCAGAGGCGAAGGAGGGCGGGACCUUCCCUUACCACCCUGCAGCGUCCCGGGUGGAAACGAGAAGACAAAAAUGGAGUCUACUUUAACUUCAAGUGAUGGUGAAUUGGUUUUCCUUUUGCUUUCUCAAAAGAAAAAGAAACGUAGCACAUGGGUGCAUCCAAAAUUACAUCCAUGUUGGAUAUGGUGAAUCAGACGUGCAAUCUGAUUGAUCAGGAGUGGACACACAGUGUGCGAAACUUUAGAAAACUCGGGAACGGGAAAACGUCGUUGAUGUGAACGCUUGUAUUGACAGGAUACGGGUUUGAAAAAAAAUAUUGACGUCCAAAAUAAUCACAUGAUAAAAAUGGUCCCGGUGUGUAAGGACCUUAAGGUGUUUACAUGCACUUCAGUUGUCCGGUCUUCAUCGGAGUAAGGCAAUAAUUCGGUUUUCUUGAGUGUCAUGUAAACAUACUGAGUGUGUAGAACAGAGAUUUUUUGGUAACACGCAGUCGCUGGAUUCUAAAUUGAAACGCCCCCUUGCUCACCCCUCCUGUUUGUGAUGCAACGGUGUCCUUCAAGGACAAAAGGCUCUUGAGUUGAGUCAAAGGUGUGAUUCCACACCUGUCAGUUUUAACUACAACACUGAUUCUUUUGCGUGUAAAAGAAUGUGCAGCCACUUACCGGAUACAAAAACAGGCAUUUCUAGUUUGGCUGUUCUGGGCUACUUUAGAAAUAUGGCGGUGCAAGAUGGCAGUCCACAGAAAAAAAAGCUUAUCCUCAGCUACAAAAAAACAAAACAAAACUGGGUUAACAUCCAUAGUACAGUCGUCAAAUUCUACACAUUGCAUUUUUAAAUCAAGUCUGAAAGGUCAAAAUUGUAUAAAAAGCAAACACUCAUCCUGAACAGGUCUGGACUGCAGCUCUCAAACACUAUAAAGGCGUCUGAGCUGCUUUUAAUCUGAAAGGAUAACAUCUGGUAUCCGGUCUGCAGCGUGCCGGCCUGCGGCGGGCUUGACCGAGAUCAGCGCUGCCUCUGUGUCUGUGGCUGAGUUGGGAAAAUCUGGUGUUGUGGUGGGAUCCUCUAUGGGCAUCACCAGCGGGGCAGAGAGUGUUUUCCUGUUUGAACAUGACGGGCGCUCAUGCAGCCAGGAGACACCGCAGCCUCGUGAGUAACCGCUGAGAGGGAAAGGAUCAGGUUAUACAGAGGGGAUAGUCUCCCCCACUAUCUUAUGACAGGAAGUUGUUAGCUGGGGGAAAAUGGAAAUUGCGGUUCAUAGAAAAUAUAGUUUCUGCCAUUUUCUGUGAUUAGGAGAUAAUCUGGUGGAAGGAAAAACAGGUUUAUCGCUCCCAGAGGCGGCAUAUUUUUGUGGCUGUGUGUCUGUGGUAUUCAGCGGUGACCUUAUCCUUGUUGAUGGUAUUUUUAUCUUCUUUGCUUACACUCUGCAAGUCCUAAAAUAUCUGCUUUGUGACUUUAUGUGUGUGCUCUGCCUAGGAAAGAAUCUGGAUAUCAUUUUGUUGCAUUUACAUCAUUAAUAAUCGGAUAUUUUAAGAGUUAUCCUGCUGUGGUGAACUUUAUAUUAAGUUUUUUUAGCUGUCAUGUGUUCAUGUUACUUUGAAUUCUCCCCUUUUGUGAGUUUGUUUAAAGAAAAGUGACAGUUUGAGUUGUUUGUGUUAGUUUUCCAUCCCCUUCCCAGCGUCUCCCGGGUGAAUGGGGUCACUUUUAUCGAGGGUGGAUGGGUCGAGCCGGGCGGGGCAGAGGCCAUCGCCACAGCUAAUGAGGCAUCAAUCGGACAGUCGAUACUCGAGGCCGAGGCUCCGAGUAUUUGUCCGCUUUUUUUUUCUUCUGUAUUAGUUGAUGUGAAACAGCGGGGUGGGUCUGAACGCAGGGCCCUAAAGGGAUCGAUCCCUCUGUCGCUGGUGCUGUCAGAGAUAUGCACCACCAGAUCACGACACCAUUAGCCUCUGCGCCACUGUAAAUGCUGACUCUUUGUUCAUAUUUAAAGGAGCAGACCGUUACAUAAAUAGUCUGUGGUUUUUAUUACAGAAGUCUGCGGGCCAGCUUGAACACACGAAAGAAAUACCAGCUGUCUAAUGAUUAUAAAUAUUACUUGAUCCUGGAUCUGCCGACCGAUCUGACCUAGGGUGAGCUGUGUCAAGAUCUGGGUCAUAUUCAGACUUAUCUAAACAAUCAGAACACAGGCAUGGCGACUGAAAGCGAACCAGACUGCUGUUAUAGAUUGACCCUUUUAACUUUGAGUAACCUUUGUGAAACCUUAUUUUCUUUAUGCUCUGCCACAUCCUGUUUUCACCAAGUCUGCAUGCCAACCGCAGGGCACAGCCGGCAGAGCAGCUGCCAGUCAGACCGUGUCAAGUUCAGUUGUAGCUUUUGGCGAGUUCUCCUUUUCAAUCAGCGUUCAAACAUAAAGCCGUGCAAAUGAGAAAUAAUGCAUCACAGCGAAACAGUAAUUGCACAACGAUAUGUAAUAAAAGUGUGAGAGAGAAACAGAGCAUCUGCGUUGUCUCAGUUGUUUGUGGUUAGGAGUGAGCGGACGACUGUUCAGAACGAGCUGAGAAAAAGAGGAAGACACGCUCGAAAACAAGCACAAACAUUGUCCUCACGUGUUGCACGGCUCUCUCUCAGCUCUUUAACCUGCUCACACUGUAGAAAAACCAAGUUAUUGGAGAGAACGUGACCUUCAUUACUAUAAAGGACUGAGGAAGGCUUUUCUGUGCAGUCUAGGUGUCAUAUGGAGCUGAGAGCGAAGAUUCAACCAGGUCAUCAUGAAGGAGCAGCAAAAAAAGAGCCUGAGCUGAUCUGUUUGUCUGCAGUCUGGAUGAAGUUAGACAAAUAAACUCACAAGUUUAUCUACGGUUAUAUUUUUCAGUUUAAAAGACAAGUAAUAAUUGUCUCUCUCAGCUCUUUUGAUAUUAGUACCAAACAGGGAUGUGUGUUUAGUUGACUGAGUGAUUGUGAAACGCUCCAACGCUCUACUACCUGGAUGUAAACAAACACAGACAACAGCUCCCGACUUGAAGUGUCCUGCAGUUUGUUGGCAUUGCUAUUCCGAAAAAUGGUGUGAGAGUUGUUUGAGGCAUGUGGACGCGGACCAAAAGCGGACGGUGCUAGUUCUGCUAGCGUUAGCUGCUCUCAACCACGUUUGACAAAGCUUACCUGCAGACUCUGAUCCUGUUACUGAAUUGUGCAAAAUUUUGACUUAUUUCUGGGUGUUUUCUUUCCUCUAGCUGAGUUGUUUUGUUGCAGGUUAAUUUUCCUUUUAAACCAGGAAGUAAGCCGCCUUUGGUGUGAAUCUAUUGUACCUUAAAGCAUCUGCAGAUAAUUCCCUGUUAGAUUAACUUAGGGCUGGGCGAUAAACUGAAAAUUUACAGAUAAUGGAAUUUACGACAAUAAUCGACAUCAUUAUGAGUAGGGCUGGAACGAUAUGCUUUUCUCUUAAUUCAAUUCUUUUGAUUUUUUGGAUGCAAAUUCGAUUUAAAUUGCGAUUCUACAAUGUUUUCGAUUUUUCUCGAUAUUUAGUCUGCAUUUUUAACACCAGUGAAACAGUUGAAUGAUUAGGAUUGUCUACUGACUAUUCCAGGAACCAUAUUUCCUCAAAAAUACACAUUUACAUGUAAGACAUUUUUUAAGAUUUUUCCUAAAUUAAAAAAACAAAAGAAAGAUUCUUGAACAUAAAAAUCGAUUUAAAAACUGUAAAACAGAAAUUCACAAUACUUAUGUGAAUCGAUUUUUUUAGUGAUGGUGAAUCUCUGCAGCAGAACAUGUAGCUCCGAGGCUCUGAUGCUUCGAUGCAGAAAUGGUGAAACAGUGGAAAAUCCAGCCUCAGUCCACCACCUGUGCCAUCCUUCCCUGUCUAGAUGCAGAACUAUAAAUAUCAGUGUGUGUGUGUGUGUGUGUGUGUGUGUGUGUGUGUGUGUGUGUUAUUUUCCCUCCUGAGCUCGAGUAGAUCCAUCACAGCGGGUCAACAUGAGUCACAGCUGAUUCAUGUAAAGGUUUCAUCUCAAUUAUGACAGCGCCACCUGAACUCAUCUGAAUCUGUUCUUCCCUCCGCAGCACACGUCUCACAGUAAUGGGCGCCAAGAGGUCGGCACACGCUCGGGUCGGACCGGCGUUCGAUCCCGCAGCUCUGAAGAGCCGCAGCAGCCGCACGUCGGCAACUACCGGCUGCUCAAAACCAUCGGCAAGGGCAACUUCGCCAAGGUGAAACUGGCCCGACACAUUCUUACCGGCAGAGAGGUGAGCCCCACACACACACACACACACACACAUAUAAAUGAUCACUAUACAUCAGUGUGAUUAAACCUAAGACUGUGACAGGAACUUGCCAUAUUAUUACUGCUGGCUCAAUCUACAAGAGGCGGGUCUUAAGUCUCCUUACAAACAGCCAAUCAAGUCAGCCGUGUCUAUGAUUCGCCGAUCUUGUAACCUUAAAAACGUCAAAAUGAGAGCGUUACUCCCUGUACAGUUGUUGCUGUGGGAACCUCGAGCUCCUCAGACCUAAACUGUUUUUUAAACCAGGCUGUAAACGUGUUUGUCUGCCCUGAAUACCGGCUGUUUUUGGCUCGGUGUGUUACAUGGUUACCAGUGCUUCUGCAGACAGCUCGGCUUCAUUUCUCCAGACUGGAGGUUACCGCUCAGUUUCGACACGUUAAUCCUGGGGAAAAAAGGGCGAAAAGUGCGACUGGCUCUGGGGCGUCUCGUAUUGAAAGGCAUUCCUCAUACUUAGUCCACUUUAUUUACAAAAACGAGGGGGAGCUCCAACAAUCGGUGUGGAGAACAAUCAUCAGUUCAGCUUGGCUAGAGACCGACAAUGAAAGCUAUAAACUGCAGCAGACGGGGUCACCACAGAGGAACAUGUGGGUGUUGUAGUGUGAAAAAAAAACCAAUGGACUGACAGCGAAGUGAAGUGCUGUGAAAGUCCUCACUGUGACUUCAGACUUUGAGUUAAAGUUUCUUAAAAUUAGCCUGAUUAUGUGGCAGAGUAGAUCGUCUUUGUUGUGGUUUGAUAGCUUUAUGGUUUUCUCAACAAAAGGGUCCAGCUAAACUAGGGUAAUACACCCACUAUUCACUUACACAAACCAGACUAUUACUUUAAGCUCUGCACUAAGGCUGGGCGAUAAACCGAAAAAUUUACUGAUACUGAAAUUUACUACAAUAACUGACGUCAUUUUGCCCAUAUCGGUAUAUUUGGUGUCAAAUAAAUGAAAAAAUAAAAGUUUGUGUUGGAUGUGUCAACGCUCGACUACUUGGAUGUAAACAAACACAGACAACAGCUCACGACUCGGAGUGAGAGUUGUUUGUAAGAUAAGUUUGGUGAGAGCACAGACAUAUGUACGCAGACCAAAGGCGGACGGUGCUAGUUCUGCUAGUGUUAGCUCACUCUUGACCGCAUUUGGCGAAGCUUACCUGCAGCGCCUGAUCCUGUGUUUACUAUAUUGUGCAGGUUAAAUUUCCAUUUAAACCAGGAAGUAAGCCGCCUUUGGUGUGGGUCUAUUGUAUCUUUAAGCAUCUGCAGAUUAUUCCCUGUUAGAUUGACUUAGGGCUGGGUGAUAAACCGAAAAUUUACCGACACCGAAAUUUGGGAAUUGAUAAGUGCCCGUAACAUUAGCAGUUUACUUAUCUGCACCAUAAUGCUAAGCAAUACAAGCUCUGUGUCCAUACUAGGGCUGUGCGAUAAACCAAAAAUGAGAGAGUUUUUUCUCCCUGAAGAAAACAAGACGAAUGCCCACUCCUUUAAUUGUUUAGAAGAUAAAAUGCAUAAAAAUCUUGUUUUCUUCAGUUUGGUAGAUGUCUCACUCAACUCUUCUAGGGCUGGGCGAUAAACCGAAAAUUUACCUAUACUGAAAUUUAUGACAAUAAGCAACGUCAUUUUGUCCAUGUUAGUAUAUUUGCCGUCAAAAUAAAUAAAUAAAUAAAUAAAAGUUUGUUUUGGAUGUGUGUAGGUAGGCUAUGGUCUCAUGUCCCUUUUAAGACGAUGUCCUAUUUCGGAGACGUGACUCCACCCUAUCCAGUCCGUAACAAAGAGAGAAAGACAGGUGAGGAGAUGGAGGACGGUUCAAAAGUUGUAGCUGCGGCUGAAGUAGACAAAGUUAAUGUGGGAGGGGGUGAGCAGCUUGUGGAGUAGUUAUAGUCCAUGUAUCGUUAUCGAGGUGAACUGCUCGAUAUAUCGGGAUAUUGAUCUGAGGCCUUAUCGCCCAGCCCUACUCUGCACUCUAGACUAGAAUAAGUAAACUCAGAGUUUCAUUUCUAGUUCUGUAUUUUACCCAUCACCCCCCUCUCUGAUGUUCUGGCAGAGGAUGACACACCUGGACUGAUCGUCAGUGAUUCAUUACACGCUGUGUCUCAAUGCUCCUUUUGUACCGUCCCCAGUGUGAAGUGAGAAACUGUGACGUCUCAGACCCUGGCAUCGAUUAGCAGUCGGUCUUGUUUUCUCGUUUUUAGAUCUGACACUUUCUUAUCUAACUCAGAAUUUGGCCCGUUUCACACUUGUGUACCGAGAACAAGAAACUGAAGAAAAAUCCAGUUUGAGCCUCAAAAGAUCGAAAAAGCUCUGAGUUGUAAUCUUUGGCGUUGAAUCGUCUUACCAGAGCUGUAUGCUCAUGAAUCUCUGAACCUGGCCUGCAGUAAUGGAUGUUUUCAGGGUUUGAUUUGUUCAUAAUUGAUGAAGAGAAAGAGCAGGCUUCUCCUUAACACACCGUACAACAUCCACCAGAGUAAUAGAGCGUUUUACCCUCAAUCCACCCCAAUUUGUUCCUCAUUGAGUCUGAUUUGAUGAAACCAGGGAGAAGAGAGCGUCGUCUCUCCUCUCAGAGUCCUCUAAGGUUGUUUUUCUCUCGUUCAGAUGGAUUCACUCUUGAGUUGCUUUUCGAUGUGUUUCUCUUUUCUGCAUUUUGACUUCAGUGUCAUUUUCCACUUCCUCUUUCUUCACACUUCUCCUCUGCCGUUAUGUCCCAUUGAGCUCACUUUCUCUGCUGUGUUUUUUCCCUCUCUCUCUCUCUCCACAGGUGGCAAUUAAGAUAAUAGACAAGACGCAGCUGAACCCAAACAGCCUUCAGAAGGUAAUUUACCCCCUUCUCUCUCUCUCUUCUUCUCUCUCUCUUUCUGCCGCUGCUGUACUCUCACACGGAGGCAGAGCUCGUUUAUAAAUUCAUGAAGCACAACAGAUUGAGUAUUAAUUGUGUAAAUGGGAAGCAGUGCAUGCUGGGACCGAGCAUGUGUUCUCCAUAUAGAGUUAAGAGCUUUUAUGAUUGCAGAGGGAUGAUUUUGCAGGUGGAGGAGAUGAUUCAGCUGGACUGUUCCACUCAGGUUUUAAUGAAGGUUUAUGUUUGUAGAGCUUGUUAAAAAGAAGACUGGAUCUGUUUUAGGGCUGAUUCAGUCGUUUAUGCUCGAGAAAUUCAGCUUCUCAGGUUUUUAAUUUGUCCAAUUUGAGAAUCGAGCGCUGAGAAAAAAACCGUCCGUCUUUCUGUAUUAGCCUGUGAGAGACGCCGAGAGUGAGUUUUCUUUCACCUUCAUGCUGCGUGGUUGUCUGGAGGCUGGGAGUGACAGUUUUGUUUUUCUUGUUUAAUCGACCACAUCAGGAAGCGGCUUCGCUUUUAAAAUGCAAAUUUUCUGAGACUGAGAGCGAGAGUGAAUGCUCCCUUUUGCUCUCCCCCGAUGAAAAGCAGUUUCACUUUACAGUUUGAAUGAGCUGCCCGUAACUCUGUGUCCCUCCUUCCUUUUGUCUGUGUGGUCACUCAUUAGCAAGAGAUAUUCAACUCUGUGUGUGUGUGUGUGUGUGUGUGUGUGUGUGUGUGUGUGUGUGUGUGUGUGUGUGUGUGUGUGUGUGUGUGUGUGUGUGUGUUUUGAUGCUGUACAUUUUGGCCUGGAAGUGAAAUCGACAGGGCUGCUGCUGCUGAAGCUCUGGAGGCUUUUUAACCCCAUCAGACAGUAGGGAUGGGAAUGGAGAACUGGUUCUUGUUGAGAACUGUUUCCAAUUGGUUCAAUCCAUCGACAUCAUUUACAUUUUAUCUUAACGAUUCCUUUCACAGACAGAGAAAAAAACAUGGCGGAUGGUUAAAAAUUCGGUAGAAACGAGUUAAAGUGUGGCUUAAUUUUACUUUGAAAGAUGACAACAGCGCAACGUUUGUCGAGCAGUGAUGACAUGCAAAGAUGGAAACACCAGCAACAUGCUUAAACAUUUGUCAACGGGGCACGGCAUCAAAUAUAAGGAGUAGAGGAUGACAUUUGGAAUCCCACGGGAUGGGAGUCAUUUUUUAAUUAAUGUGUGGGAGUGGGAGUAAUUUUGAGUGGGAGUGGGAUGGGAGUGGGAGUCAUUCUACGGGAGUUGGACAGGACAGGAUUAAUUUUUUUACUCCGGUCCGGGAUUGGGACGGGACGGGAUUUUUUUCUCUGGGAGUGGGACGGGACCGUAGUGAAAAUCUGCUCCCGUGUCAUGCUCUAAUAAGGAGUCACAUGUAUUCAACGCUCUCCGCCGGCAACAGGUGUUGUGCCGUAGAAUGCAUCCCCUGCAUCCUAUCCACUCAUUAGCUUCUUAAAGUGGAAGAAAUAUAAUGUUAUAUCUGAAAAAAAAAAACACAAGUGUUGGAUCAUGACAACAUGUCAAAUGGAGCAGCAAACUUUCGCUCUGUUUUCAUGUGUCUCUUUAUAAAAUCCUUCAAAUGUCCCGAACGUGUAUACAUUGUACAGUGCAGAGCAUCAGUGCUCUCUGCAGCUCUGCCCCUCCGCUCACUGACGUGAUGCACGCAUGCACUGUCUUUGGGAAUUCAGAAUAUGCUUUUGACUGAGUUAGACAUGCAUAAAAACUCAUAAAAAAACCCCCAAAACUCAAAAUUUCACACACAAGUCUGCCCCACUUAGUAGUCUCCUCUUCUUGGGGGUUCAGAAUAUGUUCACCCUAACGCAUGUCCUGUGUUAACAUGAGCACAAUGCAUGUCAGAAAUGCUGCACAAAUAGCAUUUUGUUUGAUUAUUUUUAGACUCUCACUGAAGGUGGCAUUCAUCUUUUUUUUGUGAUCAGAAACUCAAUAAAAUUUUGAAUUAACAGUGAAAACCUUCAGUCUACAAUGAUAAAGGAAUCGUUAAAGAAUUGAAAUGAUAAUGGCAUCGAUAUCAAUAAAAUCUCAUCAGUUCCCUUCCCUAUCAGACAGAGAAGAACGGACAGGGCAGACUGAGCAUCAGCCGCCGCCACCGCUGCUUCUGCUUCUGCUUCUGCUGUUGUUGUCUGUGACGGCGUGAUGAUGCGUUCAUGUUCAGCCCCGGCCCGCGUCCCCCACCGUCUCACCCUCUCUCCCUCCAUCUCUCUCAGCGAUCAGCCAGUGGUUUUCCAUCAGUUUUUCCAAAGCUCCAUUGAUUCUGGCCUUUGUAUGUCGGAGGCCCGGGCCCUUUGGCGCUGGCUGUGACACUCCGCUGACAGAAAAACACUGAGUCAUGACAGCGCCGCUGUUCACGGAAACACAAAGCGCGCAGAGCUUUUGUCGGCCGCCCGUGUUGUUUUUAGGUUAGUGCUUUGUCACAGUCUAAGGGGGGAAAACUCUUUUAGGAAUUUGUGGGGCUGUUUUUUCUUUUUUUCCUUUUUCCUGUCGUUCUCCGGGGGUUUAGAUUUCUUUUCAUGUUUUAUUUUAAGGAAUUAGAGCAGACCAGAAAAAGAAGCUACAACUCAAGACUUUCGAGUACUUGUUCAUGAGUGACACAUUAAACAGCCCCACUCUUGUCACACGCUGGUAUUUAUAGGCCGACUGUCUUUUCUUCUUCAUUUCCUCUUUUGUUUUAUAAGUUAAAGGAAAUCCUGACAUAAAUUAGAUUUGUGGAUUAUUUUUAGAGUAUCUAGGUCACGUCGGCCUGAUACGUACCCAAGAAUCAAUGCCUUUGUUUUGUUGGAGAGCAGAGCUGAUGAGAAUAAAUGCACAAACACACCCUCAUCUCUCUCUCUUAAACAGGUUAAUGUAAAGCUCAGGCCGUAUGUCGGAGAAGAGUCAGGCUCCUCUCACUGGUACCUCGUGACUGGACACAUUACGCUCCAUUAAACUCGAUUUUGUCUAUUCAAUUAAAGCUACAGUAUGCGGUUUUAAGCUUGUUAUGAACGGUGACGCCUCAGUAUGACCCAAAAAAGAAAACUAGACCACGAGAGAGAUGAUGGGUAUUUGAUAAAGGAUUAUUCGGUCAGAAAACUCUUAGAGAAGCUGUUCUAAUCUCGCCUCUUUGUUCAUAUCAAUCCAACCAGGACGUCCCUCACAGGAGCUUUAAUUCAUUAAUUAAAAGACUACUUUUAAUUUUGUCCUCUGUUUGUCCAAAAACUCCCCUCAAGAUAAUUCGUAGUGUACCUUUGCCUGCAGCUGCACUUUUGGAGAUAGCGUGGCCCCUCUGGCAGAGCUGCAGAUGACAGUAAAAUGACGAAAACAAGUUUCACAGAACCUGAAAAUCCCCCGCUUCCCUGAACUCACCUGUGAGGCAACAUUUCUCUUCCUGUAACGACUACGUGUACAAACGCUGAAUAUUCCUGUUCCUCCCCUCACUGUGAAAAGAUGGAGAGUGUCUUGGUCGCUUAAGUACAAAUUAGUUUUGAGUUCUUGAAACGAUUGAGCCUCAGAUCCAGAGCUCUGUAUCUGACCUGUGGGCUGAAAGACAACAACCACAGACAGACUCUAGGUGGAAGGGAAUAACUGACAGAGGAACUUUGUUUACUCUUGUUGGAGGAAUAUAGAAAACCGUGUCCUCCUCAUCCUUCAGAAGAUCUCUUCUUCUGGUGUUUUCUUCGACUCGACUGAGCGUCAUCCGGCUCUGCGGGUCUGUGUAUGAAACGCUCGGGUCAGGAUGAGUUUGGAUCUUGUGUUUAUUUUCCUCUUCUCUUUCCUCUGAGCUGGUGCUGCUGAAAAGAGCCAACCUGCAUCAGAGCCGGCACGGCUGUGUCCUGACCUCUUAUGUAACCGCAAGAAUUGGCGAGAGGCUGAUAGCGGGGGAUAUCGUCUCUGAAGCCUGAAUGUUUAUUUUCAGCCUCUGUUCUUAAUAGUUCGGAGGAGCCGUGUCGACGUUCACAUCUGUCACCCCCGGCUCCUGCUCUGUUCUUGUCCGUCUGUGUCCUGAUAUAACCCGCUGACGGUCGCGUUGUCGUCUAGGUCGAAGGUCGGGGAGGGCGUGCGACAGACUUGGAAGUCUUGAUUAAAUGUAAACAAUGUCAGUCUAAUGCCCAGAGUCUCGGAAAAGCUCUGAUCCCUGCGCUGAGCUUUUGCUUUGCUUUGAAUGCUGGAGGAGCAGAUUACAAGACUUACCUGUCCUUUUUAGAACAUUGUCUUUGUCCAAGAGACGCAGGGUGUCUACAGGACAUCAUAAAGUCAUCAAACAGGGCAAAGUUCUGCCUCUAAUGAGCUUGUCCUUCUUGUUUGACGUAAAGCAGCAGCUUGUUUUAAAAGAGUUUGCUGUUUUUAGUCCAAUGAGUGAGCAGGACAGACUCUCGAUGGAAAGCAUAAGCAGCAGAGAUACAGAUCUGCCGUCUGUAAACACCCUCCUGGCUCCCACUCAUCCCGAUCUGAUGAUUAAUUUAUCUCUUUAAGUGCGAGUGAGGCGGCGGACGGUCUGCUUUUGAUCAGAAAUUUCAAUUUGAGCCACAAAUCUGUGUGACACAGCGCCGAGACCGUCAGCCAGCAUUUAGAUUUCCCAACUUCCUGGAAUUCAUCAGCGAUGAUUGAUCUGACCUCCAUUCAACAAAGCAGCUGUUUUUUUUCUUUUUCUGAUGACACUUUCACUGUCAUGUUGUACUUUUCAGCAAAUUUAGGGCCUUUUUUACAGAGAGUAAGAGGCUGCAGAAACAUAAUCAGAAGGAAACCUUUAGUUGUUGUCGCCUUUUGCUGUCCUGGGUCUGGAGCCGCUGUCAUCUCAAUGUUUUUUGCAGAUGUUUGUACGGGCAGAUAGUUUUCAAAUCAUAGCCCCUACAUGUAGAUUUUUCUGGAAAUGCGAAAAAGAAGAUUUUUCUGUUUGUUUUGGAACCAUUUUUGUGGAAAACCAGACCGUAAAUCUCCAGAAAACAUAUUUCAUUAGUGGAUUCAUGUUGUAAGAUUAAGCUACAGUAAAACUCUUAAGAGGCAAACUGAGACUCUGAGAAACUGAGUAGAUGAAUAGAUUGAGACUCUCACUUUGAGAAACUAAGACUCUCACUUUGAGAAACUGAGACUUUGAGAAACUGAGACUCUGAGAUGGAAUAAAAGGUUUGAGAAACUUGGAAACUGACACUCUCAGAAAGUAAGACUCUCAGAAAGUAAGACUGAGAAACUAAGACUUUGAAAAACUGAGACUCUAGGAAACUGUGAAACUGAGACUCUCAGAAAGUUAGACUCUGAGUAACUGAGACUGAGAAACUGAGACUCUGAGAAACUUGGAAACUGAGACUCGGAAAGUUAGACUGAGAAUUAAGACUCUAAGAAACUGAGUGUCUGAGAAACGAAGACUCUAGGAAACUUGGAAACUGAGACUCUCAGAAGGUGAGACUGUGAAACUAAGACUCUGAGAUACUGAGACUUGGAGAAACUAGGAAACUGAGACUCUCAGGAAGCGAGACUCUGAGAAACUGAAACACUGAAAAAAAUGUGACUGAGAAACUGAGACUCUCACUUUAAGAAACUGAGACUCUGAGAUGGAAAACAAGUUUGAAAAACUUGGAAACUGAGACUCUCAGAAAGUAAGACUGAGAAACCGAGACUCUGAAAAACUGAGACUCUGAAAAAAUGAGACUGACAAACUGAGAAGGUUUUUUAAUGUUACGUUUUUAGUCUUCAGAUGAUUCCAAAGGAUACAUCUCAUUAAUUUGGUGCUCAGAAGUUUAGAAAUGAGGACCCAGUAUUUUUCUGCAGAAUUUCCUGAAGUUUGUCUGGUUUAAAGCCGAGUGUGUCGCCUCAGGUGAAUGUGUGUAUCCAGAUGGAAACAACAACAGCCGAGCCUCAGAUGGGCCUAAUCACUGCACCAAGAAGCAGCCGCCUCACUCUCAGUGAAAAAAGCUGAGCUUAUAAAAAAAGCUCUCGGGGUAAACAAACACCAGGGGGUCACUUCCAGGAGGCAUGCGUCCUUCUGAAUCUGAGCUGAUGCUGCAGAGGCCGUGAUCUAAUUUGUCGUGACUCACCUCAGACUUUCUGACCCGGUGGGAUGAACGUUAACCAAAAACAUACAGUGAGUGAUCUAACGUGGAGCCCACGGGAUUGUAUUUACAAGCCUCAGAUCAGCCGUAAUUGAAGUAACUCGAACAGGAAAGUGGAGGAAAGUUUCCACUCGGACUUAACAAAGCCGCACAGACGCGUGAUUUCACCCUGAAACCGUGUGUCACUCAGCCCAGAGGUGCUUUGUAUUGAUCACAAGAUUGCAGAUUGUGCAACGGGGACAGCUGUGCAUCAUCCCGGCGGUAUGACUGGAUCACCAGCAGGUUUGCGUCCUCGACCUAAUGGUUGGAUUAUGCGGUGAAUCAUCUCCGCCUCUCUGCUGCUUUCCCACUAAUUCUGUUUACUGCAUAACAUACCUGACAAAGUAUUCCCAUACACACGCCGGCCUGCUGUUUCUCAAGCUGCCCAGGUGUUGAAGAGUCUGUUUCCCCCACAGAGGACUGUACAGAGUGUGCCGAAGUCUUUAUAAUGCUACAGAGGGUUUUACAGCGGCGCUCAGAGUGAGUGAAUAAGAUAAAGCUGACUUUGUAGGACGGCCUUGAGAGGAAAACCUGCUCAGAUAUGUUCCUCUGCACUCUGCGAGCUCUCAGGAGUCUUUUCAGCGUAAUGACGGGCAGAGCGAGAUCACAGGCUGAGUGUAAUGACAGUGAGGAGACCUCAGGCGCACUCCAGAGCGAGCUCCUCUUCUUCCUCUUCAUCUUCCCCCUCCUCCUGGCUCACUUUGUUCACAUUGCUCUAAACCGGUCGACUCCGCUCAAGGCUCUGCUGACUGCAGCUCAUAAUUAACCCUUCGCUCGUCUCAGAAAUGAGAUUUAUUGUCUCAGUACCUCCCCACAGCCGACGUCGACUGCAGGAUGUUGGUGUUUAAAUUGCUGGUCUGGAGCUGUAUGACUUCCAGUGAUGCUUAUUAUCUUUACAACUCUUUUAUUUUUGUAUUAUAGCUGCUUUCUAGACAGAAAUUAAAUAUACUCCAUCAGGCGUGCCAGCGCAGGGGGGUCCAAUAAAAAACUGUUGUCAUUUAUAACAAGGGGAAAGUAGCUCGACCUCUGGAUCUCCUAAAAAAGACAAAUGCAGACAGUGUUUCUACUGUUCACGCUUUAGAUAAAUAAACUAAAGCUGCUGCAGCUGUCAUAUCUUUUUAUGUGAGGUAAGAAACCACUCCAAGACGUUCUUCAGAUUUAUUUUCCAGGUUUCCUCUCAAAUGCUGCUCAGCUGUAGAUUUCACUUCGUGGAAAGUUCAGUGAGGUCUUUUUGAAGAAGACGAUGGUGGAUACAGACUGUUUUUUUUUAAAUAUAUAUAUAUAAAAGUUCCAGUUCCCUCGUUUCUCCACAUAGAUCAGACUUUCUUCCAUCUGCAGAUAUUUUUCCCAGGGUCGGCGCUUCAGUGGAAAUUGAAGUCACAUGCUUCAUGUAGGUCAUGAUUUAUUCACCAGCCCUGUUUACAUUCCACUAUGUGGCCUUUCUCUAAAUCAAUACAGCAACCUUUAAGCGUAACCUUUGACCUUCCCGCUGUGUUUACUGUCCUUUUUCAAGAUUUUGGUUUUUAACUCCAGUUUUGAAUGAAGGAACGUGAGCUGGAAUCUCACCUUUUUAUUACAGGAUUUUAUUUUUGUUCAAAUCAAAGUACUUAAAGAUCCACUCCGAUGAAAAUCAUGUUUGUCUUGUUUGUUUUUUUACAUGUUCAUAUGACAUUUCUCUGAUGCUACAGGAAAUAUCAUGAGAAAAAUAAGUAUAAAUAAGAGUAUUUCUACAUCACUGUGAAUCUCUGGCAGACUCAAAUGGCAGGUUCAGAUUCAGUGAGAUUUCCUAUGUCGCAAAUCUAAGCUCCGCCCCCAGAGCCCUGCUAUACAGGCCAGACUUGGAGAAAUAGAGAGGACGACCGCAGAGCAAGUGUGUGCAUUUGCGGAUUGCAAUGUUCGUAAGAAAGCCUAAAGACAUAAGUGUCCGAGAGCUGAAUAGCUAUUAUGUUACCUUCCACUUCUACUACAUCGGCAAUGUUAGGCUAGAAGCUAGCGUGAAGGGGAUUGUGCAGAGCAGCGACUCAGAGGUGUAUUGCUAAUGAGCUGCUGGAGCCCUGCAGAAGAAAAAACCCUUAAAAACGACACAGUUUACAUGAUUUGGCUAAUAACUUAGUGAGCACAAUUUAACGACCACUGAGAAGACUUUAAGUAGUAAAAAAAAACACGAUUGGAGUGGGACUUUAAAUUCACCUGUGAAUGUGUGUAAUUUAGGGUGACCAUAUUCUGAUUUCCCUUAAAGAGGACACGACUAUACGGGAGCGGAGUCACGGAGUCGCACAAAGUUUUUUAAGGUUUUUGAAGGUUUUUUUUAAACUUCCCCGGACAAGGCCUGACAAACCCGGACAGCCCAGACACAAUAUUUUUUCGUAGGAUGGUAGGGGGAGGUCCCGCCUCCUUCGUCUUUGAUUGGCUGUGAAACAUCAUCGCACGCCCAAGCCGAGCACGGGCUGUCGGCUACGUACAUCAAACAGAACAUUACAGAACAUUAUCACACUUCUGAAUCUCCUGACCCUAACCCUAACCCUAACCCGACAGAUGAUGAUGUUUCACAGCCAUAAGGAAUAACCAAUCGGAGCACAGCACUUCUAGCCAAUCAGAGGCGAAGGAGGGCGGGACCUUCGUCUACCAUCGUACACAAAAAAAAAAUCCUGCAGCCCAGACAGCCCCCAAAAAAGAGGACAUGUCCUAAAAGAGGACGUAUGAUCACCCUAGAGUAACUGUAUAAUUUGUCCGUGGUUGAUUUGUGAGAUGAAGCGCAGAUGUAACUCUACUAAAAACACGCAUGUAACUCCAUGUUUUAGCUUCAUUCUGUAAACAUGUGUGUCGAAGCAGCUCGGCGUGGAGCCUCACGCUGAAUGUGGAAACAUCACCCGCUGUCAGUCACCAUCUGUUUGCCUCUCAGGCAGACGGCGUCGGUCUGGGCUCGGAGAAAAAGGAAGUUUGUCCCCGUGGAUGUGGUUUUUAGGAGCCGUGGGUUUGAAUCCGUCAUGUGACUCCCUGCUAACUUUUACUGCUGCUUUUCACUCCACAUCCCACGGAGGGAACAGAUUACAGCUCAGAGACAAAUGAGGAGAAAAGGUGUAAAUAGAGAAGAAGAAUCUGUGAAAGGGAGGAGGAGGAGGAGGACAGUCCUGCUCUGUGCUGCCAGAAUGAUUAGUCAACCAAGAGAAGAUAACUGCAGUGUGAAGCUGAUUAACUCUAGUUGUUGUCUGGUCACAAAGUUAGAGCCUCAAAUAUCUGACUUUUACAUAAUCGACGACAUUUGGAGCAAAAAAAGUCACAUUUUUGUUUGAGUUUGGAGUCCUGACAUUUAAAGAUGUUAAAACUCUGAACACGUGUUAAAAAAGAGAGAAAGAAAAACCAGAAUGAUGUCAAAAAUCAGAUCUAAUAGUUUUGUUUCUAUGGUGGUUUACUAACGGCUUGAGAUCCUCUCCAGGUCAGUCGUGUCUCACUGUGUUUCCCUCUCUAGUGAACUCGCCUCCUUAUUGGCUGUCACUGUCUUCACGUGACAACAAACAGACGGUGCGCUUUACUGUUUUUGACCCUGGCUUUCAAUGGACGCUGUGUGCAACGGCGUAUAUUCGGCUGCAUAUAUGAGUUGAUUUGUUAGAGAUGCGUUUCCCGUGUCUGUUCGAGCGCUCUGUCUGCCUCGCCGACUGUGGCAGCUCCGCUCUCAUGAAAGAUUGAUGCCUUUUUAUAUUUUUUAUGGGAGGAGGGAAGAGGACGGAGGUGUAGUUAACAGAGGAUCAAUAAUAAAUAGCACUCAGUUCCUUUUUGUGCCUCGAUCAGCGAAGACUAAAAAGCUCUUCUGGCUGUUACAAAUCUGCUUGUCUGGUCACUCUGAAUGCUGAUGUGGAGGCGGGCGUGUGUUGACACAGUGUCUUGUUAUUAGUGCAAAGAGGGGGUGUGUGACGGCGCAUGUUUAACUUAAUUCAGAGUCAGAUCCCCCCCCUCUCUUCUGGUGCAUCUCUCAGGCUGGUUUGAACCGACGCUGAGGUGCAGGAGAUCCUGUUUGUGGAGAUGACGUGACGACAAAGACAGAAUAAUCACAUUUCCUGGACGAGCGUGUUGAUGUUGGCACAACACAGGGGUCUGUGUUUUGGUUCCUGAACCCAUGAUCUCCUGUUUUGAGCUGCUGAAUGAUGGGGGGACCUGAUGAUGCGUUUCCUUCUCCCGAGGAGGGAUGUGACCAGGAUACAAAUAUAUCAGACGUGAGGCAGGAAAACAUUCACACUGCCUCUUUAAAUUAAUGUAAUCUGCGGGUUUGAGUCUGAAAAUCCAUUUAGAAUUAAAUUAUGGAUUAGUUAUUGCUCGGCGACCUAGAAAUCAAGCCGCUUAAUAAGUAAUCAACUCAAGUAAUGCCAGAGUGUUAAUGCACACCGCCGCUGAAUUAAAAUUACAUGUCUGCGUUCGGCCCUGGAUCACAGCGUCUGCGGGUAAAUGGGUUUAAACUGGUUUGCAGAGUGGGGCUCCUUACAGGUUCACGUCCACAUUCCUGUACGGAUCACACAUCAAACCACGCAGCUUUAUCUGUUCUCUAGAUCCCAGUACUGACAAACAACGCCACUUUUUAAGACGUCAUCUGUCAUCUGGGUAGUCGAGCAUUAAAGCAGGAGCCAUGAACCAGAGCUCUGCUUCAGCGUAGACACAACACUGACCCAGUAUUUCAGGCCUCAAUCAUUCAAAUUUAAUGACUCUUUCACCUCCAUAUUGUGGUCUCUGCACGUACUGUACAUACACUCCAAUAUAAACAACAAACCAGUGUGUUUCAAUGUGGUGAACUGGACAUUAACUGUUUGUGUUUUUUCUGUUUUUGUUUCAGCUCUUCAGAGAAGUUAGAAUAAUGAAGAUCUUGAAUCAUCCCAAUAUAGGUGAGUGGAGCUCGAACACUUUAUUGUACAUCGAGUCAUCUCAGACUUUGAACUUCAUUAUGUCAUAAUCUGGAUAACAGUUUUUAAUCUGUUGGCAUGUAAAUUCAGAUAUUUUAGAUUUUUAGAUUUAGGUUUUAAAUGGGGAACCGGGUCAGUAUCUGGUGUUUGCUGGUGUUCCUGUGUCAUACAGGGCUCUCAAGUUGACAGCCAUGUACUUUCAGUCUGUGUUUUAUGCACCUGUGAGUACUCUAAGUGCAGCUUUUACUGCUUUAUUAUUGACUCUUGGUUCAUACAAAGUUCACUGGAGAUUACACUGUGCUCUUUACAAUCCAAGCAGAUGUUAAUAUUCAUAAAAGUACAGCACCUUAGAGGUCAAACACGGAGAAUGGAGCCAAAAAAUAGUUUUAGAGUUAGAUUUUAGAGAUUAAAAAAAAGGAAAAACAAGAUUUCUAUCAAAACUAUCAGUUUAUGGAUGAGACUCAGAGGUUGAUCAUAGUUGUAGAAUCAUGGGUGAUACAUGGAAGACUGGAGUCUGGUUGUCUCUCUGGUCCUCUAUGUGUGAAACUAUUGUUCCACCCUCAAAGUCUUAAUGUUGUCACGGUAACCAGGAGGUUAUCCCUGGUUAUCACAGAAUUGGUCUGUUUUUACACGCUCUCCUACAUUUUUCUGAAUGUGCAGAAACUGUUGUCCUUAAAACAUGAACACUGUUUUUUUUUUAAGGUGUGUCCUUCCUCUCAGUCGUGGUUUCAGAUCACUGUAGCGCAGCAGUGCAGCAUUUCUUUUGAGUUAUUCAUCUAGAAGUCACUAAUUUGGUUCCCAAAUGAAGACACUGCAAAGAAUUGUUUUAUAGAUGUAAAAAAAAAUAUAAUCUGAGCAUGCAGUUGAAAUAAAGUGCUCUUGAAUAUCCAGGGUUCCUACACUAGUAUAGAAAGGAUAGAGAAAUAUGGAAAUAAACUGAUCAAUUUCCAGGUCUUUAAAAAGUAUGGAACAAUGUUUAUGUUCUCAAGCUAUUACCACAGUGAAAAAUAAUACUGUUUUCUAAGAAACCCUGAAUAUUGACAAUUGAACAGGCUAACGCCAUCUAAUAUCAGUAGAUGGUGAUAUCGAACAGCUAAAUUAAAUGAAUAAUUGCAAAUAUAACUGGAAUAAGCAUCCCCUUUGUGGCACAGGAUUGUUAAAAUGUUGUUUUAAAAUGAAGAUAUGUCAAGUUAAUUGAAGUUAGUGAUUAUAUGCAAAAUAAAUGUGUAUAUUAUUUGAAAAAUAAAGGUAGAAAUUCCUUUCCUUCCUUUCUAUAUUGAUUGAUUGAUUUAUUGAAACUUUUUUUAAGGUGUCAUGCACAGGAAGUUCCCAGCCCGAGUGGGCCUACAAGACACCAAAAGGAAAGGAAGAUAUAAUAGAUAAGAAAAAAAAACUGAAAACAGACAUUAAGCCAUUUUAGCAUUUAAACAAUCCUGACGUUUUUUUUAAAGCUUCAGAAACGAGGUAACUUAAAGACAUUGAGGUUAAACAGCCGGUUCAUUCUAACAUCAUCAAAAUGUCAGAAAAGUAUAAAUAUCUUUAUCAAUAAUCCAGUUAAGUCAUUUAUCCCGAUCAGAAACAUAUUGACACUGAAUAUUCCCUCAUAUACACACUAAAAAACACACAUGUUUGUGUCAUAAAACACACACAGCGCCUGCCGUGGUGGUGUGUUUGGUUUUGGAGAUGGGAUUCCCCUCUAAUUACUUUUAAUUUAGUUUCCUGCCGCUCUGUGAUGUGCUGUGCAGAAAUGUGAUUAUAAUUACCAGAGCGAUAGUAAGCACCAGCACCAGCAGCAGCAGCGGCGGCAGCAGCCCGCACGCUUCCCCAUCUCCAUCUCUCCUCUCUCUCUCAUUGUCUUCAUCCCACCUCGUCUAAAUUUAGCAGUGCAGCCCUCAGCCGCUCAUCACACAGUCUUUUAUAUCUUCAAGCUCGACACACUGCAGUAAAAAAGAAAAAAAAAAGUCUUUGAGACUGUUCGGUAAAUAUUGAGUGCUGCCGAGCUUACACGGUCACGACACUCGCAGAGAUCCACGUGACUCGACUCUUUUUCCCCUCCGCUUUCUUCAAGCGUCUGUUUACAGCCAAUUUCUGAUGCCCGUUUCCAUGAAUAAAUGAUUUCAUCGCUCUAAACUCUCCCAUCUUGAGGCGUAAUUGAAUUUUUAAUUUCCUCUCUUUGUCUCUUUUUCUUUUUAGUCAAGCUUUUUGAAGUGAUUGAGACUGAGAGGACGCUCUACCUGGUCAUGGAGUACGCCAGCGGAGGUGAGACACAAGUAUAAAUGUUUUAUGUUUAUGAAUUCACAAACCCUGGUCGUUAAGGAGAAGUCCCCCACCACAAAAAAGGGAACCUGGUAUUUUCACGCUGAAAUGAACUCAUCACAUUUAAAGGUGUUUGCACAGAGACAGGUGCAGCGCAGGUCGAUACGGCUGUAAAACCAUAAAGUUUAUAAGUAAAAUCUUUACAGCUGCAUCCAAACGGCUGCUGCACAGAAGACCAAAUAUAGUCUGUAGAUUCUGUUUGCAGCUCCCCGAAGUCCUGAGUAUGAUUUAUUAACACCAGAUGUGAUAAAUGUGUGUGUGAAUAAUUAAUGCACUCCGGGGUCUGCAGACUUUCCUUCCACCUGAGAGGACAAAUAAAAAAAGGGGCAGGAGUCCGACUGAAUCCCUGAGAUGAUUUACAGAAAAUAUGAGUUUAAAUCAUCAAAUCAAAACGUUUUAAUCAGUUGGAAUUAACAAAUUUCAAACCUUAUAAAAAGAGCUGAGUCAUAAUCCUGAUUCACGGUUAAAAAAACAAAUUUAAGUGGGAUAAAAAUAGAUUUAGUGACUCAUUUGGCGUCCACCGAAGAGUCUGAAACGUCAGCGUGAUCGGCGCAGACCGUAACCUUCCUCCAUUCAGUCUUGACACGAACGUCAACGCUCUAUUGACAUCAGGUACUCCCCCAGCGCUCCGUCACUGAUUGGUCUGGCAUUCUGUAUAAAUGUCAUCCUGUUGUUGUGACACCAUACGACUCCAGCUCUUCAUCCCCGCAGCGAAACACUUUUUAGCCCACCCUUACAUCCUUGAAUCAUCGUGAUCGCCCCCUGUCCAGUCGAGUGUAACACCAUCACGGGUCUACACAAAUCAGCCAAAUAUGUUUUAAACCGAUUACACAAUCAUUUUUGAUACUUGGGUUCAAGCAAAGAGAGGUAUGACUGAUGUGGAGACUCUUAUCUAUCCUGCCGAGACAAAGACGAGGAAGUCAGAGCGAGAAAAACAGGCCGGUCGACUCCUUUCAGCGCCGUAGAUUUGAGCAUGACUGAAACCAAAACAAACAAUGCGAUGAUGAGAGUUUUAUCACCACCUCCAUCUCCAUUUAUUCUGUUAAACGCCUGGAUCGGUGUUCGCCCUCUUUAGCUGGAUUGUGACUAAAUCUGUCGAGUCUUUGGAGGUGAAGUAAAAGAUUCAGCGAAUGAAAGAGGAUAAAGAGGGGAGGCAUAUGAACCGAACCAAGUGAAGAAAACCUCUGAGAUGGCAUUUAUCAUCUCAGUGUCAGUUUGUCGAAUGUGACGGUACGCAGCCAAACAAGAUUUCAUCCAAACCAAAACAGAGGGACAGAAUCUUCAGUUUUUUUCCUCCUUCUGCAACUUUAUGAGUUUACUUUUUGAGAUUUCAUUUGGGGAAAGCUUUUCGUAAUUUGUCAUUUCAUGCAGCGUUACUCGCACACGCCCACACCCUCAUCCUAAAAGGCUGAGGCUGUUAUUGAUUUCUUGUAAAGGUCAUGCUCAUAAUGCUGAGCGAAGCGCAGACGGCAAAUUGUGGAGACCCGCUCCCCGAAGAGCAAAUCGCAUUUCCACUGAGAUGUGGAGGUCCGAUCACACGCGCCAAUUGCAUUACGUCUUAAUAAAGUCAAUCUAAUAUUUCUUCCAAUUUCACAUCGAUUUUUUUUUGAGGACGACCCCUCAGCCCGUCAAACUGGGCGUGACGGACUGCGGUCUAGCUCUGAUCCCAGGCUGCAGGGGCCUCCCCGGAAAAUCAGUCAUUUAGAUUAAAAGGAAACAGUCAGGACAGUUCUCACAAAGAGGGUUGUUAAUACACAAAUUAAAUGCACGAUAGGAAAUCUAAUUAAAAACGGUAAGUAGAAGGAAAUCAGUUUAUGUGAUUCUCUAUUUUUGCACCAAGAUAAGCAUGUUAAACUUUCAACCCUCUUUGUAGGGCUGGGCGAUAAACUGAAAAUUUACAGGUACUGAAAUUUACGACAAUAACAGAAGUCAUUUUGCCCACAUCGGCGUAUUUGGUGUCAAAAAAUAGAUAGACAAAAGUUGGUUUUGGAUGUGUGUAGGUAGGCUAUGGUCUCAUGUCCCUUUAAGACGUGACUCCACCCUAUCCAGUCUGUAACAAAGAGGAAGAGACAGGUGAGGAGAUGGAGGACGGUUCAAAAGUUGUAGCGGCUGAAGUAGACGAAGUUAAUGUGGGAGGGGGUGAGCAGCUUGUAGAGUAGUUAUCGUCCAUUUAUCGUUAUCGAGGUGAACUGCUCAAUAUAUCAUAAAAUUGAUUUGAGGCCAUAUCGCCCAGCCCUAACUCCUCAAAAGAAAUAUUAUGAUAUAUUGAUCAGUUCACCCUGAUAAUGAUAAACGGACGAUAACUACUCCACAAGCUGCUCACCCCCUCCCACAUUAACUUCGUCUACUUCAGCCGCUACAACUUUUGAACCGUCCUCCAUCUCCUCACCUGUCUUUCCCUCUUUGUUACAGACUGGAUGGGGUGGAGUCACAUCUCAAAGGGACAUGAGACCAUAGCCUACCUACACACAUCCAAAACCAACUUUAAUUUAUUUAUUGACAUCAGAUGUGAUUGACAUGGGCAAAAUGACUUCUGUUAUUGUCGUAAAUUUCAGUAUAGGUAAAUUUUCAACUUAUCGCCCAGCCCUAGUGUGGACACAGAGCUUGUAUUAUUUAGCAUUAACGUUGCCAGAUACUGAAGCUGCUAAUGUUAAGGGCACUUAUGCAUACCUAUACGGUCACUGUAUCCACGUUAGCGUUCAGGUGUUAGCAUUUAGCUGUGAGAAAAGCUCCCUGGAGCCGCUGGUAUGGCUGCAAACUAUUAUUGUUGAUACUCAGCAGCUUCCUGAUGUUGUUUCUUUCUGUGUUUACAGUCACAUACCUACAGAGUGUGUGUAUUUUUUUCCACUUUCAGGGUUAACUUUGACAAAAGUGUGCACGUUUUGGGAGGUUCGGUGUCUGUUAAGGGGCCAAAUUCAGUGGAGGAGAUAAUGGCCCGGGGAUAAUUGCUUCCAAACAGAGGCUUUUUGUGCAGCCUCAUGUGACAUUCAGCUCCACGUUAACUUUUCAGGAACUCUUUCCUACUAGGAAGUGUUUCAAACUUCCUGUUCCACUUUUGUUUGAGAUAAAGUUUCUAGUUUUUCUUGUUCCUCCUUUUGUUUUUUUUGCUCAUUUCUUUAAAGUACAGGCUGUUCUCAAAUCUAAAGCCAGAUUACAUGUUACAUUUCCAGUUAGUUCCCUGAUCUCACCCCCAUGUGCGGCAUACAGAGUGACCUUUAGCUCUGACAUGCUGCGGGUGAGCUGGCACACUCUGUCUUUAGCAGGUGAAUCAGAGAACAGCAAUGAAUUGUUGCUUUUCUAGAGCUCUAAAGUACGGAAACGAACACUCGGGCCGCCUCUGCAGGUCAGCGCUGAGAGAGUGGGAGGGUUUUGAGGAUGCAGGAAAAGAGGGGGAGGCGGCGUUGUUGCUGGUUAUUGUGUUUAGAUCCUCUCUCUCUCUCUGCCUGGGUAUGGACGUGCACACGUAAGACAGCCACCGGAGUUCAAUUAGCACACGAGCGAGCGUAGUCACGUUUUGGCUGCGAGUGUGCAGAACCGUGGGCCGAGGGCUGCUGGAGCAGAGAUAGGCGGCGGCAGCUUUGUGCCUGCAGGAGAGGCUCAGUCAGUGUGGAGGAAGCGGCACGGCGCUCGGCUCAAUAUGGUCAAGAAAAACCCCCUCGAACCGAGCACAUGGGUGAUGGUGAGGGGCCAGCUGUGCGGAGAAGUUCAUCCUGAAGUUAUUUUGAUCAGAUUUAGUGAUGACUCACUCCAUCUUCCUCUCUUCUUCUCUGACUUUCAUUCACCGAUCCUCUGUCCUGUGUACUCUUUCAGACUCUCUGACUCUUUCUCUCUUGUGUUUCUCUUCUUGCAGGAGAGGUCUUCGACUACCUGGUUGCACAUGGAAGAAUGAAGGAAAAAGAGGCCAGGGCUAAAUUUAGACAGGUAACCAGCUUUCUCUCCCCCCCCUGCAGUGUUCUGGUUUCCCACCUCUGCCUCAGACAGGUCGCUGUCCUCUGUCCUGUUUCUGGAACAGGAACAUCUGUCGUCUGAAGACUGAUGACAAAUGUCCAAACCUCCUUCUGUCCCCAUCACUUACCUCUCAGUGACAGUCAGUCCAAAGUCAUCGGGUGCUGAGAAACUCGUGAAACUCUCCUCAGUUUUAUGUGCAUUAAAAGGAAACUUCAGCAGCUUUACAGGCAGCAAGAUGAAAAACUCUAAUUCCCGAAGAUGUUUUUGCAUAGAAGCGAGAAUGAGAACAUCAAUUCAAUUCUUCUGUUGUACCCAAACAUUUUGAUUUUUUUGCCUAAAAAUGUCUGAAUAUUGACAUGAAAAUUGUGACUGUUUCCCAACAUUUUUGUAGGUAUUUUGCAUCUAAAAACAGCCAAGGUAGAAAUCUGAAACUCAUCAUUGUUCAUUUGUAGUCUAAGGAUGAGUUAUGUAUAUGUGUCUGGGAUCAGAUGACUUCUUUUCAGUUAUUCCAGCGCAGCCAGUCAAACAACUUACAGCCAAAAGUUUAACUAAUAUCCCACUGGACAUUUUUUGGUCUAAAAGAGGUCUAAUAGACGUCUAAAUGUAGCCUAGACGACUGGUCUAAAAUCAGGCUACCACAGGUCUAAAAAUGAAUAUUAUUAAAGUUGAUGCAAAAGUUGCACUAGAGUGUUUUACAUUUGUGCAGAUAGAUGGGAGAUGAUAGCAGUAUAAGAAGAAUAAGAUAUAUUUAAUAUAACAGACUUUAUGUUAGUCCAGUGUGUGUUAAUGUAACAAAGGAUAUCUUGUUUUUAAUCUGAACAUUAUAACCGUGAUCUUCAGGAGCUCUGUGGCUGAGAAGGAGAUUGUGUUCAGCCUGUUUUUGCUCUCCAUACAGUCAGUUAGUCCUGUGUUCACCACAGGGUUCCUACGCAAGUCUGGAAAAGUAUGGAAGUAAUUUCAUCAGUUUCCAGGUCUUCAAAAGUAUGGUAAAUGAAAAAUUAAGUAUGGAAAAGAGUUUAUGUUUCCAGGCUAUUACCACAGUAAAAAAAAUACUGUUUUCUAAAAUAGAAAACCAAAAAUGAUUCUAAAAAGUGGGAUAUGGAGGAGUAUGGAAAUUCCAGCUGUGUAGGAACCCUUGUACCAAAGCCUGCUGAGAUGUGAUUGGUUAGUUCUACUUCUGUGUUAUCAGCUGUUUUACGACCAAAACCACAAGCUGCAAAAUCAUUCAGGAUAAGGAGGUUUUAUCAUUUCUUCAUUGAUUGAUUUUUGUUCAAUUAGCUUUGUAUACAGAUUAAAACUUAUAUGAUAGUUUGUGCCCAUAGGCUGGACUCCUAACUGAUAUUAGAGUUAUUAUAACUCAGGGUGUUGACUCACUGGUGCUGCUCGCUCGCUGUGGAAACAGUGGAACUCCUGUAGCUUCACAUACACGGCAUCCCCCAGACCCAUGCUGAGCAGAAAGCUAUCCCAAAAUCCUGCGGGUGUUCCCUCUCUUACCAGAAAUGAUUGCUGUUGUGCCAUCACAUCCAGCUCUGUCAUCUCUCAAUUCCCAUCAUACCCACAAAGGAGCUUAUAACAAAAACGUGCGCAUCAUUUUUCCUAUUGCACUCAGGUUUACAGAGAUGGUUCAGUUUCAUUAGCUGGUUCCUGUCUCUAGGCGUGGAUACAACAGCGUUUAGCAGCAGACAUGAAAAUAGAAACAAAACAAACGUGGGGGGGUUUGUAGCAACAACACGUGCACAGAUUGUGUCCAGGCUGGGAGAGAGGUUCCUGAAGAUGAAGAUGCAAAACAAUAAGAAGUCCGCCUUAAGUGAGAUCUCAGAGUGAACAUGUCCUAAAGCCUUCAGGUGUUAUUAUUAUGGGUGAUCCAUCACAGCCUUUCCGCACCAUUAAUGCAGACUCGUACCUGGACUGUGAGACAGAUAAAUGACUCUGCAAAGAGGAAACCUGUUCUGUCUCAACCUCCUUCUGUCGUCAGCCCCUUCUGAGAGUUUAUGUUUUAUCUUUCCUGUCGCUGUCGACCACAUCUCCUCCUCCUCCCACUCCCCCUCUUCUACCACAUCCUCUAUCACUCUCUGAAAACAGAGCAGCAGACGCUCGACUAAACUCUUGUCUUUUUCUCUUCCUUGUACAGAUUGUAUCGGCGGUGCAGUACUGCCACCAGAAGCACAUUGUUCACAGAGACCUCAAGGUGAGUUCAGAGGCGACAGAAAAUAAAUAACCCCACAAAGAGGCUCGCUGUCUUUCAACUGUCUCAUCUGACACCUACCCUCCUCCUUCCCCCCGGGCGUUUAAACCUACAGUGUGGAAAUUGUCGACUCAUCUGUGACAGUCUUGUUUAUUCAUUAGACUUGUGUCAUUUAUUAGAUUUAGGUGUCGAAAUGAAGCAAACCAAAACUUUUAAGAUACAGAAAUCCACGUUUUUAAAGACAUGAAUAUCAGUGCUGCUCUGGAGAAUUUCACCUGAUUUUGAUCUAGUUUAACUUUAUACUUUUACAGCUCAAUGUGCAGUUAAAAAAGUGUUUUCUUGUUCUGUUUUUACAACCAAAUACUCUUUUAUUUGUAGCAUUGUAAUGAGUAGAUAAAACUGUAUUUUUAUAUAAAGGCUGUGUCGAAUCAAAGGAAUUCAGUUUUAUUCAUACUGUAACCCACUGGUCAAUAUUCAGUGGACCUCAAGCUUUUUUAAUUUGACAAAGACUAAAGUCUAUCCAGGCCACCUUUUGACCUAUGAAGUCACUUUUAGGACCCUUCCAGCGGGGUCAGGGACACCGAAAUGAUCACACACCAUCCUCAGCAUGUCACCUGUAAUGAAGGAGCGGUCCCGGGUCUCUAUCCUCCCCGAAUGCUUGCCAAAACUGGUUUCAAGGGUGACCUCGUGACCUUUCAAACUAAUGGAGCCACAGCUCUGUAACGGGGUACGGAUUCAAGUGUUCCCGAAAGCUCUCAGCCAGUUGUACCACAUAUAUCAAAUCAGGUCCGUAGAUGGCUGUUUUUCAGAGUGGAAAUGGGGAGGAACACCCAGAGUCUCCAAGAGCCUGUCUCAUGAGGAGGCCAGCGUGGGUCACUUUCUCACCUGUUGUCCUCGGGCCACGAUGGAAAACAAUGACACCGCUGUGCUUUUAAACGGCACGUUUACUCGUUCACAACAUUCCCAGACAGCUCAGUGAAAGUCAAGUGAAAGUAAUGCGUGCACACUUUGUAUCAAACAGAGUUUAAGUACUUUAAAGGCAUGGUUGACGAUCUGAGAAGCAGUUGAAACAAGCUAGUGAGCAGCGUCUGCAGCUGCCUGGACAGCUACCAUGUUGACAUUGUAGAGACUAAUAAGAGUUAUUUAUGUAACAUGUGCCACGAUAAAAGGAGAGAAAAAUUACCUGUUUGACAAAAACUCUGCUGUCUCAGCGUCUGUUUUCAGGCGCAAAUCCUGGCGGAGCUUUUUCCACCGCUCGAAGGGUGACCCGAUGUGUAUUCGAGUCAGAUUCCUCGCCUGGUCAUUUCUUCCUCGUCUCUGCCCUUUCUUCUGUCGGCGUGCGUUUUCUUACCACUUUUGGCGUUGGGACUUUUGCGCCCUUCUCCAUCACAGCUCCAGUAGCUAAGCUGCUGCGCUACUUUUAGCCGCUCAGAGUUCCAAGGUGGGCGGGGAGGGAGAGUGGGAGGGGACGAAUCGGAACUACGGGAGAGGGAUGUGUCGAAUACAGCGAGGCGAUUGGAUGGAGAGGUGGAGCAGGAGAUUGACCAAUAGGAGCUGUCCAGGGCGGAUGGCUCCCAUUGGUCAAUGUUUUUGCAGCCCUGCACCUGCUAGAGUGAACAGAUUUUUUCCCUUAUUUUUUCUCUUCACUUUGUGGAGAUCACACUAUAGGACCAUGAUCACCAUAUAAGCGAGGUUCAUUAUAAUUACCAAUAUCUUCAAUCGUCAACCAUACCACAAACCUGCUGAUCCAACACUUGAAAGCUUGAUGCUAACCUCACAUGAGGAGCAGUGCUGCAUUUAUUUGAGUCAUUAAUCCCAAAGUCAAGCUGAUCCAUUAAAUUCAUUCAUGUGAUUCCCAUUAAAGAUACGACGUUGUAAAUUUGGAAUAAUGCAACUUUUAACGUGAUUAAAAAGCGAGUUCAGGAUUUGACAGCCGAUGUUAGGGCGAAUUAAAAGUCAAGUUUCUGUGUUGAGUAGUUGAAACACAGUGAAGUGAAUUAAAAGGGGGAAAAAACAUGAAAUGUCAUCUUUAAACUGUUUCCCACUUUUUUAUGACCUUCCGUCGCUCUCAUCAUCAGCGCUAUGAUCACUUAAAAUUAGCAAAACGCCUUCACCUUUAAAGGCUGAUUACCUCUGACUCACUCUGAACAGAAAAGGUCACGGAGGAUGAAGCUGACGUCAGCGUUACGUAAUCUGUGACUAUCAUCCCAUAUUUCCUCUGACGGCAUGUGUGAUGCACAUAUGCUGCUAACGAGGUGCUACCUGCCCUCUCCUCGUCUUUGUCUUCACCUGCACCGUCAGCAGCGAGAGGGGGGAUGUUAACGAGAAGGUGGCUCACAUGUUCUUCACCACAUCACCUGUUGUCAUGGAAAGAGAUCCUCCGUCAUGUCGCCGCUGAGUGUGAAUAUUAAUGCUUUUGUCACGCUGCGAGGAGGAUCUCGUGUGUCUGCUCUGAACAUCGAAACUGUUUCAUGAAUGAUGCAGAGAGAGAGGGAGACGUUAGAGACGUGUGUCCCGCCUUCUUCAUGUGUGAAGAAGAGGGGUGUCCUCGCUGCUGCAGGUGUGACGGCGGUUAAAACUGAACCACAGUACUUAAACGAACUCCUGUUUCUACGUUCUAACAUGCCACAGUGACAUCUUUCCACCCUCAGUGCAGCUAAAAGCCUCUCAGGGCGGACUCCGAGUCCUUCUGCUUGAUUUCAGAUUUUCUUUGCUCUCUUUCCUUCAGCUCCCCAAUUAGUGUUCUCGCCCACAGCCGGCCCGACUGCGAGCGCUGAGCAGAUGUUUGAGCCGAAGCCCUAACGCCUCCGUUCGAAACCCUUUUCAUUCACAAAGGAGAUGUUAACUGUUUUUAUUGCAUCACACUGUACACACCAGAUCCGCUCAUGAUGAUGAUGAUGAUGCGGACACGGCUCAUUAGAGCAGAAAUGACUAACACAUGAGUAAUUCAAUAGAAAUGAUAGCGGCGAUUGAAUCAGCUGUCAAACACAGUUUUAACGAGGAGGUUUCGCUUCUCGGUUUUAUUUUGUUUAGUUGUGAUUUUGUUUAUUCUGGUGAUUUGAGUCAGGGUGUCAAUUCUGGAUAGCAAACUCGUUUCAUUUUCAUUUUAUUAUUUUUUUUCAUACGUGCGUGCAACACCAAAAUUAAAUUAAAAACAAACAUAACCAGUGAGAAUAUUCAAAACAACAAUAACAACAAUCAAAGCAAAAGGAAAAAAAUAUAUAAAAAAAAUUAUAUAUAUAUCUUUUAAAACUAUUAAUAAUGCAAACCCAACAUGUCAGAAAAAGAGUAGGAUGAGGUAUUAUGCUUUUUUUAAACCUACACCUUCUUCUUUACUCAAUAAUGACAGUCACUCCAGCAAAAUUAAAUUAUGUUAACAAAAUAUUAUAUUCAUUUAGAGGAAAAAAUGCUUGAAAUUGGUGGUUAAUGGUUAAUAAGGAAAGAAAAUGUAGGAGUUAGGGCUGGGCGAUAUGGCCUCAAAUCAAUAUCAUGAUAUAUUAAGCAGUUCACCUUGAUAACGAUUAACGACGAUAACUACUCCACAAGCUGCUCACCCCCUCCCACAUUAACUUCGUCUACUUCAGCAGCUACAACUUUUGAACCGUCCUCCAUCUCCUCACCUGUCUUUACCUCUUAAAGGGAUAUGACACCAUAGCCUACCUACACACAUCCAAAACCAAUAUUUAUUUAUUCAUUUUUUUGACACUGAAUAUAUUAACAUGGGUAAAAUGACGUUGGUUAUUGACGUAAAUUUCAGUAUUGGUAAAUUUUUGAUUUAUCGCCCAGCCCUAAUGCAGAGUUUGUUCUAGCAAAGAGGGAUUUAAAAUAUGUGGAAAGUUUAACAGGCUCAUCUUGCUGCAUUCAAGAUUUCUCUGUCUUACAAAAAUUGGAAAAUCACAUAAACCGAUUUUCGCUCUUAAUUAGAUUUUCUAUCAUGCAUUUAAUUUGUAUAUUUAAUUUGUACAUAAAUUUACAUAAUUUUUGGUAUUGGUAAACUUUUGGUUUAUCGCCCAGCCCUAGGAGGAGUUGAGUGAGACAUCUACCAAAUUGCAGAAAACUGAUUUUUCUGCAUUUUAUCUUCAGGGAGAAAAAAAACUCACUAGAUCAGUCGUACUGUGUGUAAUAAAGAGGAGGGUAACCUUUGACCUUUAUCCGUCUGCACCCUAGGCUGAGAACCUGCUCCUCGACGCCGACAUGAACAUCAAGAUCGCCGACUUCGGCUUCAGUAACGAGUUCACUCUGGGGAACAAGCUGGACACGUUCUGCGGGUCUCCUCCGUACGCAGCGCCGGAGCUUUUCCAGGGGAAGAAGUACGACGGGCCGGAGGUGGACGUGUGGAGUCUGGGGGUCAUCCUGUACACGCUGGUCAGCGGCUCGCUGCCUUUUGACGGACAGAACCUCAAGGUAGGAAAUACCUUCAUUUUCUCCCAGCUGCCUAUUUGUUACCCUCAGUUACCUAACCUGAUGUGUAAAUGUAGGUAAGAGGGUCUCAGAUCUCAAAAAAGUGCAGCCCUGAAACCACAACUCUAAACCACUCAUCCUUUGUGUCAUCACUCUUUAGUCACCUUUCACACCUACAGUCACACUCAUACUCAUGCAGCCUCUCAUUUCGUCAGCCAAACUUAAAUUUAUUGUCAUUCAGCCCGUUUUGAAGUGUUUUGCUAACUUCCUGGUUGUCGCCCCCCUCUCUGCAGGAGCUGCGGGAGCGCGUGCUCAGAGGGAAGUACCGCAUCCCCUUCUACAUGUCCACAGACUGCGAGAACCUCCUCAAGCGCUUCCUGGUGCUCAACCCGGCCAAGCGGGGUACUCUCGAGGUGAGGGAGGACGCAGAAAACGUAAAUAUACUUUUCAGUUUUUCGCCCCCUAUCCCACAGCACGUCUGCACCGUCGGAGAAUGUCGUCUCUCCUCCACCUCUCCAACAAACCCCCUUCACCUCCUCUCGGCUCCUGCAUCUCCCCCUCCUGCACCAUCUUCUCCGACACCCACGGUGUCCUCUUUUUCUGUGUGCGCCGGCCCACACUCCUCCUCCUUUUUGAUGUCGUAACCAUGAAUAAUGCAUCAUCAGCCCUCUGUUUGUACCAAAAACGGUCUUUGUUGCGUCUCUGCGCUCAUGUAUGAGUAAAGGGUACAUCACAAGGUUCGGGGAGGGCACAGAAAACAUCUUAGUCUAGUUAAGUCAUUAUUAAUACAAAAGAACGGACCGGGCCUGUUCGUUCAGGUGGUUAUAUCCUCCUUUUACAUUGGUUUCUUCAUGUCUGAGACCAGCGGUGAAAUUUAGAUGAAAUUAGAAGAUAUGAGGACAAAUCGGAAAGUUGUAAUCAAGAUUUUUUUUCAGUUUAAACUUAAAUGUUUGCUAAACUUUUGAUAUAAUUCAAAGCUGCAAAAAAGAAAAUUUUAACUUUAAUCUACUGAUUAAAACAAGUACAUUUGUCAUAGGGCUGGGCAAUAAACCAGAGAUUUAUUGAUACUCAAAUUUAUUAUCAAUUAUCAUUUUACCCAUAUCAGUAUAUUUGGUGUCAAAUAAAUAAAUGAAAGCUGAGUUGAGAUGUGACUCCACCCCAUCCAGUCUGUAACAAAGAGGGAAAGACAGGUGAGGAGAUGGAGGACGGUUCAAAAGUUGUAGCGGCUGAAGUAGACGAAGUUAAUGUGGGAGGGGCUGAGCAGCUUGUGGAGUAGUUAUCGUCCAUUUAUCGUUAUUGAGUUGAACUGAUCAAUAUAUUGUGAUAUUGAUUUGAGGCCAUAUCGCCCAGCCCUAAUCUGUCAGUCAAGUAACACAGAGAAGCUCAAAUAUUUCGAUUAGAAGGCAGUUCAAAGUUUGAUUAACCUACAUGGAUUAUCUUAUUGACAAAAAUCAACAAAUAUAAGACAAAAGAAAAGAAACUGAUGUUUAAAGCUCCAGUCAGGAGUUUUUUAAAGGUCAUGAAGCAGACUCAAAUCAACAGUGAUGCACCCCAAAGAUGUAGAAACAGUGAAUAUGUUGAGUGAUGAAUUUCACUAGUGGUACAUAUUGCUUGGUUAGUAACCUCAGGUGGUGCUCUACUUUCCCCUGUGGCAUUGUGGGAUACAGUGAGUCCACUAUAUAGAGUGAACCAUAUAGCGGGCAGAGUUUCGGACACAGCUGUUCUGUCUCCAAGUCCCUCAGGAUGAGUGGAAGGAGCAGUCGGGCUCUAAACCGAUCGUGCGUUGAAUAGCAAGUCAUCAAUAAUCAAAGUCUUGUGUAAUUUCUGAAGUUUUGACUCAUUAUUUAAUCGAAACUGCCAAACCCAUAUUUAAAUCCGCCCAAUCAUGGAGCUAUUUAGACGCCUCUCUUCCCUGGGAGCAUCUGCUGGGAUUAAAAUAGUCGUGUUUGAUGCGAGAGGCAGAGGACAGGGCGAAUUGUUCCACAGAUCAAUCGGAGCGAUGAUCACAUUGUCAGAAAAAAGGUGUUAAUGAUCGUCUCGUAGAUGUUAUCGUGCAGCCCUACCUGACUCCCAGCAGAGUGUCAUUAACAUAUAAAACAUUAUUUCCUUUUUUAAGGGGUAUUUUUGGCUCUUGAGUCUUAAACUGGAUCGGGAUUGAAGGCAGACUUGUGAAUUUUAAAUUAAGCGUUUAAUCAAAGCGAUAUUCUGUCAUCUGUGAUAAGAAACGGCUCCACCUCGCAACAACAGUCAGGCUGAAUCUCGGUGAAUAAACUAAAGGCUGCUGGGUCACGUAGGUUUGCCCUGGACACCUCAUGAUUGGCCUACAUGUUCUCUGCGGUUACAUCAGAGCACGAUCAGUGAUAAUUAGUUUGGUUCGGUCUUGAUUUAAACCCCAGAGAGGAAUUGAUCAGCUGCAAAUUGAAAAUAAAGGUCUGACCGCUAUAAUGUGAAAGGGCAGGAUGAUAAUCUAGGUCUAUUGAUAAAACCGCAUUCAGCGUGUGGAUUGAACCUGUGAGCUUUAAACGAGUCACUUCACAGACAUAAAGCAGAAGAAAUACGACAAUAGACGUUCCCGUUUAAUCCCAGGGUUCAAAGUGUUUUAAGUGAUUUAAGCGUGUCCUUUAAAUGUCCGUUUAACGUCUGAUUUACAGCUCUGCAUUAAGGGUUUACAACACACAGCUGAAGCUGAAGCACAGAGCCUCAUGGCUUCAUAAAUUCAACUCUGUGUCAAAGUUACAGCGGCUAAAGAGAGGGAGCCUCAGACAUACUGGAAAUAUUACGCCCUAUUUUAGUAACACAGAGUAAACCUGUUAUAAACCAUACUAGUUAUUGUUUUUAUCUUGAAUAUCUGAAUACACAGUGAUUUAGUGUUAAAAAGCUGCAGUUCCUUGGGUGUCCACUUUAGGCGGCCUCGAAAAGCAGAGGACUAAAGCUUCAGUUUAGCGCCCCCUGUGGAGAUAGGGGUCUUUGCGUGUCGUGAUCUCCACAUGCUGAAGCGGUGUCUGACGAAAUCUCAUCCUGCUGACUUUGGACUAUCAAAUGUGUAAAUCAUUGAUAAUCGAUAAAAGAACAGGUCUGUCCCUUUAGCUGCUCUUUUGAUGCCUACCCCGUCGCACCAGGCUAAUGGGGCGUUUACACCAAGCGCAAGUAAAAUCAUCUACUCGCUUAAUUCACGCGAAUCCAGACACUUAUUGUGUCUGGACGCGAAUUUGCGUGUCAACGGUAAUUUCAACAGUAAUUCCUGCCAAUUCAACCGGCGGGAUCGAGUGAUAGACAAAGGUUUUUUUUACAAUUUACCAGAUAAUCCGACCUUCUCACUCACUUGCGAGCUCCUUUUUAUUCUGUCUCGAGAAUUGAAAGAAAAGGUAUCAUCUAAUUCGGGGCACCCACACACCAACACAAUCAGUUUGUCCUCCAUUUUAGAUACCAGUGAACAACCGUCCGUUUUCAUACGUCACCUGGCAACCUUCGUGCUGAUCAGUUAUCCCGAUGCGAAUAUCCAUUUUCGAUAUUUUCACUUCCCGUCCAGUUUGCGUCACGCUCCCAGAGUAGUAGGAGCAUCUUAUCGCGUCUUUGCAUUGACUCAACAUGUAAUUCAUUCGCGCGAAUGAUUUUACUCACUCUUGGUGUGUGCUAAGCAUUCAUAGUUAGAGUAUAAAAAUUAACAAUCUUGUCAGUGAUGGUCUUGUUUGAGUUUGUUUCAGGCUGUUUCAUCAACAUCAAAAAACUCCCCACUGGAGCUUUAACUCUCGUAUUAUCAUCACAGCAAAAUAAGAUGUCUUUACAGCGGGGUACAAACAACAGUUUCAGACUCAAGAGCUCCCUCCUACUACGUCUUCACAGGUUACUUGAUUAGCCAACACUCAAAAUGAGCAUUUCCAAUAUGGCAUUUCCACCAUCUUUGGUCUCAGAUUGCCUCUUACAAACCGAUGCGUGACGUCCAAAAUUAUAAUAAAGCACCAAAUGGCAGCUCUACACGCUGUUAGAGGUUUGGUGGUCCUGGCAUAAGGGGACCAGGACUAUUAAUCAGCUAUACUGUGGUUUUCCAAAAAAUCCAUAACAGGCCAAUCGAACAAGAUCGUAGUUUUAAAAUCUAAUAUCCACCAUUCAUAUCGUCUCUCUCUCUUUCUAAUUUUGCAGCAAAUUAUGAAGGAUCGGUGGAUCAACGCAGGAUUCGAGGAGGACGAGCUCAAGCCUUACACUGAACCCGAGCUGGACAUCACGGACCAGAAGAGAAUAGGUAAGCAGACGAACGCUCUGAGUGGUGCUGAUGUGGCUGGAAAAAUCCCAUUUCUGCUUUUUUUUUCUUCUUCUUUCCUUCGGGGGGAAAGUUUGCUUGAUCAUUUAAGUUUUUCUCAACUUUUAUGACCACGGGGCCUGUGAGACCCUGUUGUGUAAUCAGAAAAGUGCACCGGAGUAACAGAAAUUUCCUCUCUGUUUAUUGCUGUGAAAACUCAAAUCUGCUGGGUUUUUUUUAUAUAUCUCUAUGGUUUUGUCUGAUGUUGGGGAAAUUAAAUGUUAGAGGGGUUACGGCUCCACCGCGCAGAAAGAAAAAAAGUCUCAUUAUUUCGGCGCUGAAAAGCUUAAAGAGGAGAAGAUGAAACGUGAUGAUGAAUAAGUAAACAGGAGAAGUGCUGGUGCAUGCAGAGAGAGAAUGAGAGAGCGAAGACAGAGAGGGAGGAGAAGCCUCCCCGCCGUGCCCUGGAUGAAAGCUGCGAACAGAGGAGGGAGGGGGGCCGGCUCUUACAUAACAGCAGCUGAGGUUGGCACAUGUGCCGGUGCAAACUCCCAGUCACCCAGUCAGAGCGGAGAAACAGAAAGCUGAGGGAUGUUCUUAAGCUCAGCGAGGAAUCCCCCAUUCUUAAAUAAUGCAGAUCAAACUUUGACUGAAGCUUCCCCCGAAUAUUAAAAAACACACCAGGGUUUAAGAAGUGAGGGGGUCUCACCUCCGACUGUCACGACUUUAGGAGGUUCAUAUACGCCGAUGCAGUAAAUCUAAAGAGGGGGAAUUUAAAGUGUUUUAUUUUGGAGUUGGAGCCGUUAAUUGUUGAGGUGCAGUCGGUGGUAGGUGUGAUAACUGCAAAGGUGAAAAUAGAGAGGAGAUAUCCAAAGAGAUGGAGAAUACAGCGGCUGAGUCAGAGUCGGCAGAGAACAGGGAAAUCCCAAUAUUGAAAAGGUUGUAAACACAGGAAAUACAGUACUGCCCGGAGAGGCGGUCACAGGACUUUGGGUCUUUAUUGUUUUGACAGGUAACACAUCAGAGAUUGAACGUCGAAAAGGUGUUCCCAGAAAAAUAAUGAAAUAACGUACGAAAAAAGACAAAAGAUGAUAAAGAUACGGAAGACAAAUAUGAUAAUAGGAAGUAGAAAAUAAUGAUGAUUGUAACAAUGAAAACAUUGAUAAGAAGAUUACAUUAAUAACAAUUAUAAUAAUAAUGGUAACAAUAAAAAAUAAUUAAAACAAUAAAAAUAAUGAUAAAAUACUAAACGUAAUAAUGAUGAUGACAAUUGCAACUAAGAACAAAAAACAUUCAUUAAAAAAUUCAUUAAAAAUAAAAAAUAUAUAAAUAAUAAAUGAUAAUGCUGACAGUGAUAGUAAUAACAAUUACAUUAUAAUAAUUUUGAAAAUAAGUAUAAUUGCAAAAAAAUCAUAAAAAUAUAUUUAUAAUAUACUUAUCUAUUUUAUGACUUUUAAUUAUUGUUAUUGAUGUUUAUUACUAUAAUAAUAAUAAAGAUACCAUAAUAUUUUAAUAAUAACUAUUAUAAUUAUUAUUAUUAUUAUUAUUAUCAUUAUCUAAACAUUUUUUUUAAUUAUUGUUCCUGUCAUGAUGACUGUUAUUAUGAUUUUUUGAAAUGAAGAUUUUUUUUUUAUAUUUAAUGUAUUUUUAUUAUUUGAUAUGUAGUUAAAAGUUUAAAACUGCUUUAUAGUUACUAAAAUAAAUCAAACAUCACUCAAAAUCGAUUUAUUCCAAGGUUUGCGCUUAAGAGAAUAUAAAAACAGAACAAAGUUGAUAAUUAUUGAAAUAGAAAAUGAAUAACAACACAAAUGCAAACAAAGAGGUCCAUAUAUUUCAUACUGUUUAUUGUGAAAUCCAUAAUUAUAAAAAAAACCAGGUGUGACAAAAAUCAACAAUAACAGAAAUGAAUUUUAAGAAGAGACUAAAAAGAGGACUCUAAGUUAGUCUGACUGACAUCCUCAGUUGGAACUAUGAGUCAGGAAGACCUCAGACAGUGGUCAAGCUUGUAAGUGGUAUUAAGGCUUUAAAAAGGAGCAGUAAAACCUCCAAAUCUUAAAAGUCACAGGUAGCCUGAGAGGGAAAGCGAGGACUGGUGUCACACGGUUUCCUCUCUGGCUGUGUUAAAAGCCUGGGAGCAGCGUUCGAAUUAAUUGCAGUGGUUGGAUGUUGUGUUUGCUGAUGCUGGAAAAAAAAGUGUCUCCCAUUAGUCUGGUUUAGGAGCAGGACUACAGGAACCUCCUCUGCAGGAAAACCCAUCUCUGAGGCAGCAGGAGGGCGUCAGCUGUCAGAUACAGCGAGGGUAUAGUGAGGGUAAACCAAAAGAAGCUGCAGUGAAGAUUUAUAUAACAUAAAUUUAUAUCUUCUCUGAACCGAUAGAAGAAGAAAGUCAUUUCCCUCAUUUUCAAUCUAAAAGAGGCUUAAAAACAUGCAUACUGUUUCUCCCUGUUGGAUUAUUACUAAACCUUAUCACAAUGGGAUCACGGCGCUCUGUUAUUAUUUGCUUUAAAGAAGAGCAAGUCCGUGUCUCACGCUGGAGGACAGAGCACGUUGUGAGGCGGGAAAUAAGCGAGGCGGAGUGUGGAGAGGGGGGAGCAGGAGGGUGAACGUGAGGGAGGAGGAGGAGGGACGGACGGGAGAUGGUUAUCGCGGAUUCUGCCUGGUAACAGGGGGAUCAGCUGCUUUUUCACCCUCUGAGACACGAGCAGGUGUAGAGGUCUUAAAAUCAUAACCCAAUAGAGUCCUUUUUUGUGUUUGUUUGCUUGAAUUUGGAAGUUUUGGAUUAAUAUUAUGGGUUUUUCUAUCCUGACAGAAUAACAAAUGUGCCCAACUCCACAAAUCUGUUUAUUUUAUUGAGUUUUUGAUGUUUAUUAAUCAUCUAAAAGCAGGUUUUUGCAGCACCUUUCUGAGGUAUUCCCCUGCAUUGUUCAUAUUUUGACAUAUUCUGUUCAAACAUGUGAAACAAUAAGACCCGCUUUGUCUCAGUCUUAUCUCUGAAGAUGUAAUCUGCGUUCAUUAGUAAUGUUCUCCAACAUCUAUUAAAGAUUAAUGUGCUGCGUAGUGUCGGGAUGAAGGAUAAAAGCCUUCACAUAAUGCACGCUGUGGAGAUCGCACACACACACACACACACACACACACUCAGAUAAAUGUUUAAAGCACACCAGGCUGCAGCAGGAUACACCUCCCUGCUUCCCCGGCAUGCUGCUGCAAACGUGAGCCGGUAGACGGGGGAGGCCGCGCGUCACAAACCUGUGUGUGUGCGCGUGUCCUAUCGCACACACUCCUCCGGUCUUUCCUCGAUCAAUCAGAAGCAGAGAGAUUCUGAUUGGAGAGCGGAGAGGGGUGAUUACCUGCUCUGCUCAUGAUUCAUUUUCUCACGUAAACACCCUUGUGCUGAAAUCACUGAAAGAAAAAACGGCGGAGCGAGGAUUUCCACAUGCAAAAUUAAUCAGCAGCCAUAUGGUGGGAUCUGGAUUCUCUACAGAUUCGAUGUCUCUCUCUUUUCUCACUCAAAAUAUCUCAACAGCAAACACAGACUGUGAUAUAAAAGCUGUUUUUGAAAAUAGAUUAUUUUCCUUUUAAUUGUUAAAUGACGUGGCAGAGAAAUGUACACGUGUAGGAGUAAUCCACUCGACAGGAGGAGGCCUUCAUGCACAUAUUUAGUACGAACAUGUGCAGCAGUCACUUUAAAGAAAACAGAAAAGAGUCAAGGUCCGAGUCUGACUCCAGUCCUUAAUCCUCGACUCCAGACUCGUGUUUGUAAAGCCGUUAUUUCCUUCCAGGUCUUUCUAUAACCGUGUUUACAUGUUUGCAAAAUUUCUUGAUCCGAUUACAAAUUUGAGGGAUCAGAAAAUCUGAAUCCACCGUUUAUACGAGCGCAAAAUCAAAUAAUCCGAUACAUGCAACCGCAUGUGGAUAUAAACAUUGAGCAGAGUCCAGGUGGAGACGACUGACUGAGGGUGUCAGAGUCUCUGAGGGAGGAGUCUGAUGACCACCGGACAGGAAAGGUUUCCUGUGGCGUGACCUUAAUGAGCUUCACUGUGUGUCAUUUUGCGCAGAUGUGAUGGUCGGGAUGGGCUACAACCUGGAGGACAUCCAGGAGUCUCUGGCCAAGAUGAAGUACGACGAGAUCACAGCCACUUACCUGCUGCUGGGCAGGAAAGCCUCCGAGGUACGAAUACGAGUUUGUUUGUUUUUAAUCAUCAGAGUGUUUUAGAGAUCUUAAACUGAACUUUACCUGCAGGUCAGCAAAGACGGGAGAGAGAGGAAUCAAGAGUGGAUGAUUUUUCAGAAGUUUAACUCUUUUGUGACCAGACAUGGUGGUGAAACUUAAACUCAAACUACUAAACCACCUUAAUUAGAAGUCCAUGAAAAGAGUUUAUUUCGUCUGCUUUGCUCUGUUGUUGUUGGAGCCUCUGUUUGUUUAGAUCAGCUCUUCUUCUGGAUAGUGAGAGAUUUCAGGACAGGAUUGAAUUUAGAGAAAGGAGGAAACUAACCCUGAAAUCAAGCAAAAGUCUAAACUGAGUAAAAAUACAGCAGAGAAAACAAAAACUUUUGGUAUUAAAAUAAACUUAUCUACUUUAUAGAGUAUGACAGAUCUUAAGAAGUCCUCUGUUCUUAAAGAUGAUGCAUUAAUCUCUCUGUAUCACUCUGAGCUUGAAUUUGGAUAACUCACUGUGUGUGUGUUUUGUCUUCUUAGCUGGAGCCCAGCGAGUCGGCCUCCAGCAGCAACCUGUCUCUGGCCAAACCCAGACCCAACAGCGAGCUCAACGGCCAGUCGCCCUCCCACCUCAAAGUCCAGAGGAGCGUCUCCUCCAACCACAAACAGAGGCGCUACAGCGAACAAGGUGAGGAGCGAGGAUGAAAAAAACUGUCACACUUUAAAUCUGUGUUUGUUAAACUGAGCUCUUCCCUCUGAAUGAAGGUUGGAGGUUAAAGCAGUUGAAUGAAAUCAGUCACAUGACGGAGGCACUUUAAGCGUUCGUGUAUUUGCACAGCUCAGUGCCGUCCUCGGUGAUAUAAUGCUUUGUCAAUAACCUCCGUCUGUUCUGUUUCCUCUCUGCUGGAUCUGCAGCCUGAAUGGUUUCACUGAGACCCUUUUAACCGGCCUUUUACACACACACACUGCUCAGCAGGCUUUAAAGGAUCUCAGGCACAUUAUUAUCCAUGUGCAAUAAAUACAAAAUAAUGUCUAACUGAAUAUGAUAAAUUAUGAGGUUGUUUGGUUAUGAAAAGGGUCUUUAAAUUAAGAAAUAGGAUUUAUUCGCUCCAGUCACCAAAAACAGUCAGUCCUCUCUGAAAACCAACAGUUUACUCCGAUUUGACAGCUUAAACAUGGGACUUUUUGGCGUUUCUGCAUCGCUGCUGAUCCAAAUUGAUGUUGACUGAUUUUCUGCUGACUGAUUAAGGAAUAAAAAAGCAGCCCAAGCCACAAAAUAUGUCCUCCAACUCAUUAUUUUAGGAUAUAAAAAAGAGGAGCGUUUAUUAUAAGCUAAAGCCCCCUUCCGUCUGUGAUGCUUCUUUUAUUCUCACACGAUUAAAUCCCUUUUUCAGUCUGAGUGGGUGUCAUAGGUUGUUCCAUAUGAAGGUUAAAACAAUGAAUAAAAAUAAAAAGUUUUUUUUUUUAGCCAAAGGUACAAAUCCCGUCCUCUGAGUCAUCCGUCAAACAUCUCCGUCUCUGUUUUUUUUCCCUCUCUGCAGUCGGGCAGAACGUCCCUCCAGGGAUGGCUCAUCCAAAGAGGAGUCAGACCACCACAGCGGAGAACAACGCGAAGGAGGAGAGCGGAGUCCAGCUCCGCAAACCCAGCACCCCGGGCAGCCGCGGGGCGCCGCCCUCCAGCCCUCUGCUGGGCAACGCCAACAACCCCAACAAGGCUGACAUCCCUGACCGCAGGAAAGGAGCCACCACCGGCCCCAGCGUGAGUUCAUUUAUCAAUGUCAAGAACAAAACCAAAAGGAGUUAAAAGGAGGAGCAGACUUUGGAUAAAAUCCAGUUUGACACAAUUAACUCAUUCAGUGCCAGGUUUAUUUAUGCAGUUUUUACCCAGUGCCACUAUUGACCGCAAUAGAAAUUUCUGUAUCUUUCAGGACCCACAGAAUAUCUUGUGCUUGGACUACAAUUAAAUGCAGUAUCUCAAAAGAAAGGGGUGAUUCUCUUCUUUCACCAGAAAAAAAAGUUAGUCUCUAACCCACUCCUGUGUUUCGUUAUUUCCUGCUUAAUGCAGCGUGGUCAUAUCAUCUUUGCCGAUCUGGCGGAGAGACUUUCAAGCUGAACUCUGAUCGUCUAUUUUAUUUCACUUCAAACUACUUUAACGGUGGCAUCAAGGUCCUCCCUCCUUAGACACCACUCACUCCUCAUCUGAUUAUGAUUGGUCACUUCACGGUUUGGGAGGAGUAUUGGCUCUCGAGAACCUAACGCUGAGACGGAAACAAGUCGGGACUAUCGCUGAAUUCUGGCUCAGUCUCGUUCACCAGUAACGGCACCGGCGGCAUAAUGACAUGCCGGAAAAUUGUACCGGGAUCUCCACUAGGGAGCCGAUGCGCUGAGACUGUUUGCUCUUGGCUAAUGACUUUUCCUACUCUCCUCGUAGAGAAGAAACACUCCACAACUCGGCUAAUUGGCACAUUUGAUGACACACUUCUCACUGGCGAGAACUUGUUUUGUUAUUGUAACACAAUUCUGCCGUAUUUGUCGGCUUUUGUGCGUUCAGAGCGACCCCAAACUUAGUCGCAUGUUGGGGAGGAGCGCACUCUGGCAGGAAACAGUAAAACUGAAAAAUCUGUCCAAAUCUGUCAAUGGCACUGAAUGAGUUAAAAUAAAAGGAAAAUCAGAAAAAAAUGAUUUCAUGUACAGAAAACAUGCAUUUUUUUUUAAUCUGCAUAAAUCGGUCUAAUGUUUUCUUCUGUUUUCCUGCAGAAUAACACCGCAUCGGCAGGAAUGACCAGGAGGAACACGUACGUCUGCAGUGACAGAAACAACACAGACCGCCUCUCCGUCAUUCCUAACGGGAAGGAGAACAGGUGAGAGGAGCUGUCUGUCUGUCUGUCUGUCUGUCUGUCUGCUGCUUUAAUUUCAGUUUUAUCCCUGUCAUCAGUCGAGUAAACAGCACACAUAAAUCAAUCUUAAGAAGUAUACUUUUUUUUUCCCCUUCUUGGUUUUUAAUGAGAUUAUUGAGCCUGCACAUUCUUGUGGGACCUGUUACUGAAGCCAGUAUGUUGAUUCAGUUUGUUCUCCAUCACCAGCCGUUGCUCCCCCCCUUUUUGCCAGUUUUGUGGUCGUAACGCUGCUUUGGAGGUUUUCUCCCCCGACAAGAAUGCAAAAAUCCUUAUUAUGAACACAAAUGUGGUCGAAACUCAUGACUUAUAAAUAUGGAUAUUGGACGGAGAAAUGCAGAAAUAAUUGUAAGCCUUCUAAACUCCCACUGGCUGAGUUCUGAUAGCAGCUUUUCACCAUAAAAGGUCUGAUUUUUUCGCUCACUUGUACUCAAACCCAGACAGGAUCCUUUUUUUCUUGUCCCCACAUUUUCUUUCUUCUGUUCCCUCUUUUGUUUUUUCUUUUUCAGUCCUGUAUUUACUUUUUCUAAUUGUCUUAUUUUCAUUUCUGCCUGUGUGUGUUUGUGGUUUCUCGGGGUUUUUUUGUUUUUUGUUUCCUUCAUCGUGGCAUGACCAGCAUGACUGAGAUGGCUUGUGCCACUAGCCCCUCUUCUGCCUUUGCGGCCGCCGCGUUCGGUGCCUCGUCCAGUUCAGUGCGGCAGAGGUAUCAAACCGUCGGCCCCUUGUACGUUUGCCAGGCAGGCUGGGCCACGCUGCCCCACUCCUACUACGCUCUGGACUACUGCUCGCCCAAGUAAGACGGCAGGGCCUCCAAACCCCCCUGUCUGUCUCCUCUCAUGUGUCAGCCCCUGUUUGGCCCCCCUCGCUAACCUGCACAUCCAGCCAGCUUCACACUCUGUAACCCCACGACUAAACCAUGGACACCAUUUCCUGCAGAAGGACAGCGUGCGUCCAGCGUUUUUCUUAUCAGUGUCUGAAAUACUUUUUUUCUUCAUCUUAAUUAGGGAGCCAACUUUUCCUAACCUCAUUACUCUUGUACACAAACAAUGAUGUAUGACUUUUAGUCGUUCGUACUGCUGUAGAAAAGUGCUGAAGCAAAGAAACACCACAUGACCUUUGAAUCUUACAGAGCCCAGGAGGUGACAUGAACUUUUAUUUUUCUUAAUUCGCCGGUGCGAUUUAGCAUCUUGAACGUGCGAUAAAGUAUCUCGCACUUAAAUUUUGUUGUAUCGCACAGGCAAUUAAGUAUCUCGCACUAACCUUUUAUUUUAUCGCUGGUGCGUUUUAGUAUCUCACACUUUCGUUUGAUUAUAUUGCCGGUGCGUUUUAGUAUCUCGCACUUAAGUUUUAUGGUAUCGCACAGGCAUUUUAGCAUCUCAAACAUGCCUUACUAUUAUAUCGUGGUGCGUUUUAGUAUACCACACUUAAGUUUUAUUGUAUUGAACAUGCAAUAAAGUAUCUUGCACUUGGGUCUCAGUGUAUCCCACGUGCAUUUUAGUACCUUGCACUUGCGUUGUAUUAUAUUGAACAUGCAUUUUAGCAUCUCGUACUUAAGUUUAAUUAUAUUGCACAUGCAUUUUAGCAUCUCGAACGUGCCUUUUUAUUAUAUCGCUGGUGCGUUUUAAUAUCUUGCACUUUAGUUUUAUUAUAUCUCUCAUGCAAUUAAGUAUCUCGCAUUUGCAUUUUAUGAUAUUGCACAUGCAUUUUAGCAUCUCGAACGUGCCUUUUAUUAUAUCACUGGUGCAUUUUAGAAUUCGGCACUUGCGUUUUAUUAUAUCGCACAUGCAUUUUAGUGUCUUCUUGUCUAGACUUUCCUAGUCUCAAUCAGCUUUACAUGAGGAGCUGGUCUGGUCCGUCCUCUAACAUCAUGAUGGGAUGAAAUAGUCUCAUCUAGGAGGAUCAGACCCACCAUCACGAGUGUGCAGCAUUUAUCAAGUUACAGUGAGGAGGAAAAACUUCCUUCAACAGGCAGAAACCUCGAGCAGAACCAGACUCGGGUUAGACAGCCAUCUGCUGAGUCUGUGUUUAAGCGGUAUUACGACAUUUUAACCAGCCACAGUCGUCUGUGUUUGUUUACAUUAAGGUAGUAGAGCUUUACGGCGCUCUGUUACGGCACACAUGAUCCUAGUUUACAGACCUUCAACAGGAGCUACAGUAAAAAUCUAAAUCUUGUAUGAGAGAAAUCUGUAUGUGUGAGGCUCAGAUAACAAAUAAGUGAUUUUAAUUGCCUUCUUAGUAAAGUGAGUUUGUAGUGAAAUAAACGCAGGAAGUGGUGUCACCAUCAGCUGCAGCUUUCUGCUUCAUACGACUUUCCAGAGCAGAUUUUUGCAGCCAAACAAAAACAUAACAAGUGAUCAACUUAAGUCAGAUUUCACCUGCACAAACCAGGUCUCGCCGAUUUCAGACACUGAUAAAACUGGAGGCACAAGCAGAGAAAAAUAUGACCCCUCACGCUGAAGCUCAUGCCGCCUUCCUCGCUUUAACCGCCGAGGCUUGAACUCAGCGUGAUCAUAUUUUUCCGUGUUUGCAUCAUCCUGCUGCCCGAGCGUAGACCGGAGGAGCGCUUGUCUCCGCUGCAGAUCUUUAGCUGUAACAAAAAAACUCUCGCAGCUCUGCUCCUGAUCUCUCCUCCUCCAUCCUCUGCUGUGAACUCUGACCCCUGAUCUCCUCCGUCUGGAUCCUACCUCAUAUGUUGGUGUCCGACACGAUGGCCGAGCUCCCCCCUGCUGCUCCACCACUCAGACCAUCGCUGUUUUUUUGUUUAGACUCUAACCGAACAGAGACACAAAACUCACUACUGCUGCUGCUGUGCGUGUUAGGAGGCUUGAUGUUCAGGGUUUGGGGAAAGAAUUUGCAAGAAUUAACUCGUGAAUGUAGGAGAUUAAAGUCGCAAAUUUACCAGAGUGAAGUUUGAUGAAUGGAGUCGUAAUCUUAUGAGACAGAAGUCAUGAUUUAAGCCUGUGGGUAAUCUGUGUGUUAGCGAAGAUAACAUGUAGGGGAUAUCAGAGGAGCUGCCUGCUCUCAAACGAGGAACAUGGAUCAUCUGGAGAGAAACGGCUUCAUAGCAGACUCUGAUUCUUACAGGAACAUGGUGCUAGAAGAGUUUUAAAGGAACCUGUACCAAAGUUUAAGAUGCCCUACAGUCCUCGUUUUAGUUCAGGCAGCUGCCGUCUGCUCCUCUGAUCUUCUCCUUCAAAAUAAAAUACAACAGAGAGAACAGUUGGUACUCUAAUUAAUUUAGGGUCAAACACACCGUAACACCGAGUUAGACAUCCCCUCCAGAGAUGAACGUUGCCAAUCGCUUGCUUCUCUUGUUAUACCAACUUUAGUAACAACCGCACAAUAGCAAUACACAGCGGUCUGAGGAGCCACACACAAACCUCAACCAAAACGCCACUCUAUAGCCACAAAUAAUGCUCAGAACAGCACCUAACUUCAUCAACAGGACAUAUAGGGUCACAGCCAUAGUACUAGACACCAAACAUCUUUUUAGCUUUGCCUAAUUUCUUGAGCAAAGAGACUAAAUACCACUCACCUACUCUCUUCCAGCAGCCGCUCGUUUGUAGCGAGACCUCAGGCCAGUCCAUUACAGACUACAGCGGAGUUUCGCAGCUCAAGGAACAACAUUUAUGAUCAUAGUUCUUCUGCCUUAACGUCUCGGUCUGAUUGCAUUUCUAUGAAGUAAUGAUCAUAUAUGUUCUUCCUCGAGCUGCGAAACUCCGCUGUAGUCUGUGAUGGACUGGCCUGAAGUCUCAAUACAAACAAGCGGCUGCUGGAAGAGAGUAGGUGAGUUGUGUUUAGUCUCUUUGCUAAAGAAAUUAGGCCAAUUUUAAAAGAUGUUUGGUGGCUAUGACCCUAUAUGUCCUGUUGAUGAAGUUAGGUGCUGUUCUGAGCAUUAUUUGUGGCUAUAGAGUGGCGUUUUGGUUGAUGUUUGUGCGUGGAGAUGUAGACCACUGUGUAUUGCUAUCGUGCGGUCGUCUCUAAAGUUGGUACAACUAGAGAAUCAAGCGGUCUGUAACAUUCAUCUCUAGAGGGGGUGUCUAACUCGGUGUUACAGUGUAUUUGACCCUAAAUUAAUUUUACGCCGGAAUAUCCUUUUUUAAAUUCACCGACUUUACUCUCGCACAUUUAUGACGUUAAUCUUGUAAAUCGAUGAUUUUUUUCUUAGAUUCUCCUUUUGUUGUUCUGUCAGGUUGCUCAAAAACUCCAAAGAAAAGAUGAAAUUUUGUCAGUGUCAUCAAAUAUUCGGGGACUUCUCAGUUUGCGGUUCAGUUCCUGUUUUAGUUUCUGUGUGUCUCUAAAAAGAAGUUGGUUAAACACUGAUAAUCUCAAACUCUGUUUAUUUGAGGGUUUAUGAAAUAAGUGAAGUUGCUCUUAGACGUGUGGAUCCAUCAGUUAAUGUGAUCGAUGGUUUAUAUUUUUAUUUAUUGAUCAGGGUUUCUUCACUGAGCACAUUUGAUUACAUGAGGAGGGAACUUGAUGCGGCUCUAAUGAGGGUUUUUCCACAGCAGGUGUUUCUCUUACACUCUUUGACCUUUUAAUGUCAAAUGAGCAUCAUGUGACCUGCUCAAACUGGAACAUCAUGAGAAAACAUCUGCUGUGUAAAAACCGUCAGCACCUGUGAUUUAACCGUGAGCUCUAAUCGCCACUUUUUCCACCCUCCCUCACUUCAGCAGCGUCGCCGUGUCGCCCGGCACCCAGAGGAACCCGGUGGCGUCGAUCCACAGCAUCGCCAACGCCACCACGCCCGACCGACUCCGCUUCCCGCGGGGCACGGCCAGCCGCAGCACCUUCCACGGGGGCCAGCUGAGAGACCGCCGCACGGCCACGUACAACGGGCCGCCGGCCUCGCCGACACUCUCCCACGACGCCACCCCUCUCUCGCAGACCCGCAGCCGUGGAACCAGCAACCUCUUCUCCAAACUCACCUCCAAACUCACCCGCAGGUAGGAGAGGACACGGCACGCUGGCGUCACACUGAAGGGCUGGGGUUUUCCUCUCUGUCCUCUCAGUCAGUCUAAAUCUGUGUCUCUGAGCGGACGCGUUCCUCUUAAAUGUAAAUAUUGAGACUGAAGCAGAGAGAGGAGAGACUCCAGCCCCGCUCUGAACACCACCAUCUCCUCUGACUCUGUCUGGUCUAAUUAGAAGCCAAUCAGCACAGUGCCUUGUAGAGUUAGGAUGAUAAAUUACAUGCUGGGGGGAACACUUCACUGUCCUGUACGAUGUGAUUUAUUCUCGAGUCUCAAGUGUUUAUCUGUCGCUGUCUGGAUGCCGGCCAAAGAGAAGUGAAACCACUCCGAACAAGCCGCAAUCUGACCUCCUUUUUCCUGAAAACGGGAUGUUUUUCACGAUCCCUGCAGAAGAUUUUGACCCAUUUUCCUCCUGUCUUAUUAAACACACUGAAUCUGCAGUCACAUUACAACGGUCAGUGAAAACACAGAAAGAGCUGCAUUACAUAGAGUCGACUAUUCCUGUUCUGUUUAUAUUUAUUAUUUAAAGCUUUAAAAAGAGUUUCUCAAGUGUGAGUCUUUAAACCAAACAUGCAAACACCCAUAUUUGUAAUUUGACUCCUUGCUUGUGCUCGUAGGUAGAUGAGGUUAACAGUAAAUGAGUUAGCUAAUGCUGCGUUCGAGUUACCUAGGAAGUCAGAAGUCCGAGUAGAAAAUGACGUCACACCCGAGUUACCAGCGUUUUAGUUACCAAGUCAGAAAAAGCAGAAUCUGAGGCAGAAACAAGAUGGCUACAUCUACGAAAUCUUAAGCGUUUGACUUGUCCGAAUGUAAGGCAAGCACAAAAAUAACUUUGGUAGAUGUAACCAUCUUGUUUCUGCCUCCGAUUUUGCUUUUUUCCCACUUGGUAACUCGGGUGUGACAUCAUUUUCAACUCUUACAUCUGACUUCUGAGGUGACUCGAACGCAGCAUAACUAAACCUUUUAUUUAUUCAUUUUUCUAAGGGUUGUGCGCUCAUAGAUAUAUAUAUUUUAAGUCAUUUUUCUUCCAAACCUGACAAAAAGAGAUGGUAAGAAGAGCACCUUAAUUUCACAAAAGCGUCACAUGUCCUCUUUGAGCGGCAGCCAGACCAGCGACAUCACUCCUGCAAUGACUGAGCUGAAAUGAGGAAUUGAAAUCAUUUGAUAAUCAUGAAAAAAAAUGAACCCCCUCCUCCACUGUUGAUGAUUCCAAUCACCCCAUUUUUGUUCACUCAUUCAGACUCCUCAUUCUCCCUCUCCUUCCUUCCCUCCCUACCUGCUCCCCCUCCUCCCCUCUUGCUCCUCUCCUCUCCUCUCCUCUCCUCUCACUCCUCCUUCCUUCACCAUUUUCACUGUUUCUUUGUCUGAUUCUGUUGUAGAAACAUGUCAUUCAGGUUUGCCAAAAGGUAGGACUCUUGUACUGCCUUUCGCUCUGUGCCAAAAAUAACGAAAACAAACUCACAGAAAAAAAACAAAAACAAACUUCCUCUGAGACUCUGCAGACGUGUGGGGCUGCUGGCACUGAACUAACACACCGCUUAGCAGAACAAAACUCUGUCUGGGUACAUUUACACGCACGCAGAUGAAUAUCAGACGAUACUGUCCGAUUUUAACGUUAAUAAUCCAUGUGACUCAAAUUUGGCUCAUUAGUGCUCUGCCAAGAGUAAGAAUUAUAACACCCUCAUGUCUGCAUGGCUGAUAUCAACCUGGAGCCAGCUGUCCGUUAGCUUAGCUUAGCAUAAAAACUGGAAGAAAUGGGGUAAAGCUGAGUAAAGUAUUAAUAACUGCACAGGGCUCGACACUAGCUUUUUUCACAAGGAGCGCAUGUACUCCUAAGUUGAAAAGGUAAGGAGCACACAAAGAACGUUAGGGGCGCGAUGAAAAAUGAUCAAAUGUCUUAUUGGUCGAUAAAGUACUGUUAUCUGAAAUCAAUUUUAGGUCAGUAAGUCACAUGACAUGGAAGUUAUUGAAGGAAAACAGCCUUUUUUGAGAACAUCAGUCGGUAAUUUAUUGUCGGUCCCUUAUUCAACAACAAGGGUGCCGAGUAGAUUGAACCGCACUGCUGUCACUUUUUUUUUUUUUUAUGCGCACGUGCCCCUAAAUACAUUUUACAAUUCACACACAUCCAAAUGCGAGUGAAACUGUCGUACUGUCGCGCUCUGCUGCAGUUCCUUGAGUGUCCACUUGGGGCUAGUCUGAAAAGCUUAUUUCUUUACCCGUACACAGUGGGUGAUAUUUUUAUGAACUCAUUAGUGAUUAUAUAUUAGAGGCACAGAUGACUUGACAGCGUGGAUGUUUAAGCCUCGCCUUAACUCCUCCUCUUUGCUUUAUGAUAGGUCAACAGAAAGUUUGGUUGAGUCAGCAUUUCCAGUCAGACCAUCAGCCUUGUUUGGCUUCAGACACUUGUGCUUUGUUUGAGUUACCUCGGAAGUCAGAAGUCCGAGCUGAAAAUGACGUCACACCCGAGUUACCGGCGUUUCUACGAAAGUUUAUUUAGCGCUUGCCUUAUAUUCAGACAAGGCAAGCGCUAAAAUAACUUUCGUAGUUAUUCUAGCUCGGGUUUUAACUCGGGUGUGACGUCAUUUUCAGCACGGACUUCUGACUUCUGAGGUAACUCGAACGCAGCAUGAGACUAUGUUUUAUCCAGUCUGUGGUGAACGUCCACAUGUCUGUGACUAAGGACCUUUAAAUGGACACGUCACUGGUGUGAAAGUGCUGCUUUGUCCCCAGCUGUGUGUCCAAAAAAACGUCUCAAACCUCCUCUGAUGGCUGACUUUACCCCAGUUUCAUUUCCCCUAUGAUAGAUAUCAACGUUUUUGUCUUAAUUGUGAACAAACUGAGUAAUUAAACUUUUUUACUUUGAGAUAAUUCGACUCUUGCUUUCCCGCCGCUGUUUAAAAGCGCGCUUUUUGUGUCACCCUCAGCUUUAACUUCCUGUGCUCAGCUAAGCUAAUUAUCUUUUUUGGUUGAUUCUUGAUAUUCUCACGACAGAAACAUGAAACUGAAAUUUUAAGCUUUGCAAAGAUGCUCGCAGGCCAGAUAUCUUACUUCUUCUAAAGAGCUACGCCAGCUGUUCCCCCUGCUUUACGCUGAGCUUAGCUAACCGAACAUUAGCUCUGUUUUCAGGUGUUUUUCAUACCCCAGUUUAAGCAGAUAUCAGGGACUGGCUAAGCUAACAGUUGGCUCCAGCUGUGCAGAAACAGGAGUGGCUUCUUCUUCUUCUUCUUCUUCUACUUCUACUCUUGGUGCGAGUCUCUGUAUUUUACAAAUUAAAGGUUUAAAAAGAUGCAAUCCAAUAAGAGAAAAUCAGCAGAAGCUCAAAAUGUAAAUGAGGAAUUUGUCUUCUGGAUUUGUGCAUUAAUGAGCUUCUCGCUGGUGUUCGUCUGUGCGUGUGUGUGAGUGUGUGCGUGUGUGUGUGUAAAUGUACUCAGCGCGGCUCUGGUUGGUCUGAGUGGAUAACGGCUGAUUGUGAGAGCAGACCGGACUCCUUGAACAAUCAGUCGAUUAAACCCACGGCUACAAACGAAGCAGCUUGCCACUAAUCAAUCGCCAACGCCUGCAUGGGGUCGCUUCUCGCAGCUACCAUUGAUUGUGGUUUUGUUUUCUAACCACAAUGAUUGUUGUAAACAGCUGAACUCUCUCUCUCUCUCUUUUUCUUUCUGGACUGAAGAAAACACACUUCUUUAAAUCGCAGACAUAAACUUUUUAUCCUGCUGUAUUUAUCCUCCACAAAACGGAUCCUGUUGUUUGUCAAAAUCACAGAGGAUGAGUCGUGUAGACGCUUGUUCUUGUGUAGGAUUUCUUUUUGCUCGUGCGGUUUUGUUUUAUCUGUCAACAGACUUUGAGUUUAGGUGAAGGGAAAUGUUCUGACAGGCCUGUUGUGUGCUUCUUUCUCUUGGUUUUGCCCCUGAACUUGACUUUUGAGAAUCAUUUAAACAUUUUUUUUUCUUCUCACAUGGGUUUUAUUAUUUUCUAUUUUUGCUUUUUAACCAGACUCCACUUUCUAAACUUUAAGCUUUUGUUUCUGAACUCUUUGGUGGUUAUUUAUUUAGCUUGUUCCUCCCUCUCCACCAAACGUUUCACACCGUCUCGAGCCAAACUCAGAGGUUAUUUUUAGCAGAACAGAUCGAGACCUGUCGGAUUUAUCUCUCAUCGACCACUAAAACUGCUCUCUAGGAAGAAAUCUUGAACAAGUGUGAACCUGUUCUUCAAAAAGCAGCUCUUUCAGGGCUCCAGUUUCGCUCACGUGCCCCAGCAGAAAAAGAAAACUAUCUGUAAAUUCUGAUUUUAAACAUUUAUCAAGCUGGUUACAGUUCAGUUCGGUUCAGAUCUCCCACACUCAGGAGGGUCAGGGUCUGGACAGGAUACUAAAAAUACACUUUGACGAGCUUCUUGUUGUUCUCACUGGAUGUCUGUGGUCAAAAUGAAACAUGUUUUGUGAGCAGUAUCAGCUGUGGCCUCUCAGGACUGCUGUCUGGAGGCUCAGCAGUGCCCUCUGGUGGCUGGUGGCUGUGUAGUCCUCUUCCUCCUGCACUGUCUGAGCUCUGUUGAACUCUGGUGUCAUCUCCCAUCUCACCUUUAGCACCUCACUUAGUUUUUUUUUCUCUGUUUGUCUUCAUUUCUAUGGAAGCAAAAUGUGGUAGAGCGUCAUCAGACAAGACCACGACAAAGACGGACAAAUCGAUCAAUAAUAUUGUUCGUUAAAGGAGUAAAAUGGAGAGAAAUUUAGAUUGAAUGCAGCAGAUUUAUUAGAUCUCAGUCUUAAGAGUUUGUUUACAAAUUCAUGUUCCCCAGAGGAUCGUCUUAAGUCCAGCCAACAUACUCGAACUCCUUGGAUAAAUUACGAUCAGAUGGUCUUUUAUACAGACACAGGUUUUUUAAUUACCAUGCCGACAUGUUUCAACAUGCUGGCAGCAGUCUUCCUCAGAGUGUCACCUGAUGGUCGGUGACGCGUCUUAAAACAUCAACAUAAACAUCAGCGCCGGAUCAGGAGGCAAUGGAGAUCCGGAAGCCAGGCCCAAAGACCGUCAACCGGGAUGAGGGGGCGUAUAUGCCAUCCCACACCUGGAGCACCAUAUUGCAGGGGGCAAGCAGGCAGCUGACAAAUCGGUCAUGCCUUCAGAAACAUCAGCUGUUUUAAGACACGUCACACAACCAUCACGUGACAUUCUGAGGAAGACUGUUGACGGCACGUCAAAACAUCUCCGCAAGGCAGUGUUGUUUUCGAAAAGAACACUGCAGAAUAUGUUUAGCGUUUGACUGACAAAAUGCUCAUGAAUUUUGCAGCUCUCUUCGUCGUCCACCACUAACGUUUUCGCCUAGUCUUGUCUCGUCACCGUAAACGCACAUUCGUCUCGUCACAUUUUAGUCAUCUAAGACUUAAAUUUAGCUCGUCAACGUCACGUCUUCGUCACGGAAAAAAAAACCUGUGUCUGUAUAAAAGAACAUCUGAUCAUAAUACUCUAAGUCCUCCAUGAAUUUUACAGCGUCAGCUUUUCAUUUCAAAAGUAGGUUAACAGAUUGUCAUUAAAUUAGGUUCAUCCGUUCAUGCUCUCCUGAGGAUGAAAUCUGCUAAAAUCGCUAAAAUACCUUUAAAUCUAAAGUUAAUGUCAUUAUUGGUCGUGAUUGGCUCAUAAAUAAGGAUUAAUUUUCUUCAUUGUCGUUUCAAUUAAAGCCCCACUGCGCAAUAAUCGAGCCUCACAGAGAUGUGAGCGUGUAAACCAACUGAUUUAAGGACAAAAUUAUAAAAAACGUAUUUUUCGCAUUAUAAGGAGCACCUGAUUACAAGGCGCACCAUCAAAAAACGCGUCUAUUUUCAUACAUAAAGCGCAUUAAGCCAAACAAAACAGUCAAUAACUCUGCGAGGCUACGGUAGCUGCAGUACUCCGACAAGCCAAAAGGAUUUGAAGUGCAACUUAUAGUGCGAAAAAUACGGUAACACAAACCCUCUCCGUUUUACUUCUUUAACUAACAUUAUUAUUUAUUUGAUCUGUAACUUUUUAACUUGUCUGAUAACCUUUUACUCCAUUUUGUCCCUCCGGCCCCUCCGUACAUCUUUGGAUUUAACCUGCUUUCAUCCUCCUCCUCCUCCUCUUCCUCAGGACGCCUUGGUUCAGUCACCUCCCUCCUUUCCUCCUCUCCUUCUCCUCACAGCUUGUGUGUUUUUUGUCCUCCUAACCUUCCUGCGUCCUUUAACCUUUGACCUCUUGCUGCUCUUCCUCUCCGCCUAGGGUCACUAUUGACCCGGCCAAACGGCAGACGGCCAAAACAGGGCCAGCCGUCCCUUCUACCCAGGGAGGAAAGACCCUUAGUAAGUCUUCUGCCCUCCGGUCUCUCUCAGCCUGUCCUUCCUUCCUUCCUUCCUUCCUGCCUUCUCAUCAUCCGUCCAUAUUUUUUCCUUCUUUUUUGGCCUCUCCUCCUCCUCCUCCUCCUCCAUGUCAUACAUUUUUGAUAUUCUUUCCCUCUCUCUUUCUUUUUUUUCUUGUCAUGUUUCCAUUGAGAAAAUCGCAGGUUUUGUUUUCAGACUCCCCGUUUUUUCUUUCAGAUUCAGGAGCGGAAGAUAUAGAGAGUUGUAGGAAGAUGAAGAUCUAGAGUAAGGGACUGUUUUAAUCCCUCCAAUCUUUCUUCUGAGACUUGAAGCCUUCAGUGUCGGUUAUGUGGAGGGACUCACCCCUCACACCUCACCCCCAUCUUCCCCUUCCUCCUCCUCUUCCUCCUCCUCUUGCCUCACCCCACUCGGUCUUGUGUGAUCCUCACGGCCUCUCUGACCGACCCGGGACCUGCUGUCAGUCCUGUCUGCUCACAUGUCCUCUUGUUGUCGAGUCUCUUUUAGCUGUCGGGGAGUUUGGAGUGGCUUCCUCCUCCACCCGUCCUGUUUUUCUGUUUCUCCAGGCUGCAGUGCAUGCUGGGAAGCCCGUCCUGUCAAGGGGGGGGGAGCAAGGGAGGGAGCUUUACUCUUGUGAUAUCAGCCGGACAUUUUCCUCUUGUUUACUAGUGAUUCAGAGUCUCGUUUCCGAUAUGUGAAAUUCUCCUCGCGCAGUUGGAGUGAGUCAGCGCCAAGAGCAGAUGAACACGGACGCACAAAAACUCUCACUACAAGUGUUUCUGCAUUUAGGAGAGCUAUUCUCUGACCACUGUGACGACAAAAGAGCGCUCUGAAUUAUAUUUUAUAACUUGAGCAGGGAUUUUCAGGUUUAAAACAGUCGUUUUUGUCCAGUCAAGAAAACAGAUCCGUAAAAUAUAUGAAUUUAUAGAUAUUUCUUUAAAUCAUCAUCAGAUGAUAUCAGAAAACCUUUUUUUAUGAAGGUCUAGCUGUGAGAUGUUGGGUAACUACACUAAUUUACCUUUCAUAGUGUCUGAGGAGCUAUUUAUCCAAACUUACUCUAUUUUUUUUUUUUAUAUUGUAUAAUUCACUUGCAUCAUUUUUGUUUUAAACACAUUUUGAGUAACCCAGCCAUUAGUUUUCCUUCAUUUUUGAGGAAGUUGAGUCACCCCCUCCAUAUUUAGUCCGAAGCAAACUCGUCGCCUUCAUCCUUUUAAUUCACUGGAGGGUAAAUUUCAUGUUUGCAGAGGGAGGAUAAAUCUAUAACAGUGUGAAAAUGAGCUUGUUGGACGUCUGCGUAGCAAACAAAUCCUCUAUAUGAGGAUCAUUUUGUUUUUGUAGUUUUUGGGCCUCCUUUUGGAGUUUUGCCCUGUUCCAUGUUCCAGAUAGUGUCCCAUUUCAGAAACCCUGAAAAGUCUCUUUGUUCGUGUUCUGGUGUCCUGGUGUCCUGGUUUUAUCUGUGGGCGUGGAUCUUGUUCACUUCUUUCUAGUGUUAGGAUUAGAUUACUUCAGAUCACAUUAGAUUAUGAAGUAGCCCCUGUAAAAAAAUAAGGAUGGUGUUUUUCCAAAGUAAAUCGGAUAUCUUGGACUAAAUUCGAUUGUAAAGUCAAUAACCCUUUUUAAAACAUCUCAUAAUCGUGUUUUAAGCAUAACUAAAGUCGUUAAAGAUUGCAUAUGCUGUAACUGUAACUCAUUUUUAUUUUCAUUAAACUAUUGUCUUAGAAAAGAAGGAAGAAAGUUCAGUUCAAUCAUCUUAAUUGAUCAAGUUUGCAGUGGCUUGUAGAUAAAACUCAUAGGGCCCAUGUCCACAAACUCCUCUCCUACUUUAUAACCAACCAAUCAAAAUCAAGAAGGGGCGGGACUUUUCACGCUACUGUAUGUAGGAGGAACUAACCACAUCUUUGUAAGUUUACAAGGGGUUAAAUGUCCAGGUAUACAGCUGCCGAAAAUGCUAUGAGAUUUGUGUCAAUAUUUUAAUAUUUUCUUUGAUUUAUGAAUCAUCAAGAUCCAGUUGAACAGAAGUAAACAUGUAAACAACAAGCCCCAUGACAUCUUGACACAUGACAUCUGUAAUCUAGCUGUAAUGUGCCCUGGUGAGAAGCUCCCCUGAAAUUGAAAAUGUGGGUACAGACAACAGUGUUGUAGACACAGGCCCUAACAAUUGUAAAUACAGGCCCUAAAUGUAGUAGACACAGGCCCUAUAUAUAUUGUGGACACAGGCCCUAAGUGUUGUAGACACAGGCCCUAAAUGAAUACAGCAACAUAAAGACAGCAGCAGAGACAACAUAUUAAUCCUGACUUUAAGUACCUGAUGAAUAAGUAGAGUAAGUAGUUUGUAAAUAAUUGUGUAAGUGAAGGAAUGUUUAGUUACCUGAUUGCAGAGAUUAGCUUCUAAAUCUAAAAAAAUUACAUCAAACAAAGGUCUUUUACACAAAUUCAGUCACAAAAUGAUGCAAAAAAGGCAGAAAAGUCUCAGUUUUUAGAAGCUGGUAGCUCCUUUUUUCACAUUUUUUUGCUUCAUUUCCUUUAGAGCACUUCAUCAGCUCAUACUUUACUUUGAAAAGGAAUUUUUAAAUGAACUCUACACUUUUUUUGCGUGUUUAUAGGUUAAGACUUUUUAUGUUUAGUUUUUUUUAAUAAAAGUAAAAGAAAAUGUGUAAAAAUGAAAGCGUAUGAGAUUGUUACCCCACACCAUCACCUCCUUCCCUUUAAUCUGUCCCACCUGAAUCUUACCUGUCCACUGUAGUUGUCGUUCCUCCCGUGUUUUGAUUGGUUAAAGUCACUCUAGUCACAAGCUGCAUUGUCUGUCCUGCUUUGUGCUCACGGGUGUUUUUUUCUUCUUUGUUUUGGACUCUUUGUUUUCAGUUUUGGGGUCACGGUUCGAACAUGUUUCACUGUUUCUUUAUUUUUUUGUAUCUCAUGGUGUUUCACUGGGAGUCGGUUCUUUCACUCAUUUUUCUGUUCGUGUUUUUCGGUGGUGGUUUCACAUCGGUGUCACUCCUCUUUUUUUUAAUCACACGUCACAGAUUCUCUUUUUUUUGUCUCUGGUAUUGAUCCAAAAUAAUUUCUAUCGUGCACAAUCCACAUCUUUUUUUUCUUCUUUGUUCCCCCCUCCUCCCUGUCUGAUCUUCUCAUGCACCUCAGAGUCUCAACCGAGUUUGAGAGAAACGGGAGACUUGAGGGCUCAAGGUGAGGUUACCUGUCCCCCUCCCCUCUCCUCCCCUCCCUCCUCUAAAUGUGUCCCCCGCCCUCCCCUCCCCUUCAUAAGCGUAGUCUUCAGUUUGUCCUCGACUUGCUCGCUCAGGAACCCCGCCCUGCUUUGUUUCUCCGGGAGGUUUGGGUGUGUUUGGAGCUUCUCGCACUGAGCCUUGCAUUUUGACUGGUUUGGCUUGUUUUUUUUGAUUUUGUUUUUUUUUGCAUGGCACCGUGUUUGUAUGCUGCUCUGUUAGCAUGGCAUAUUUGUAAUGUUGUCAACCUAAAAAAAAAAAAAAUGCUCCUUAAACCUUGUAACAAAAGUGCCGUUAAUUUAGCAUGGAUGUGUCUAACUCCAGUUUACACUACAUUCAAAGUCACAGAGCUUUUUAUCGGAGAAAUAAACCUAAAAAAGACCUUAAAACCCGAUAAACCAUUCUUAUAAAGUAAAACAAGCACUUUCUACUGUUCAAGAAGAAACUUUUUUAUAACUGCAGACCUCCUUUUCCUGUUUUUAAAGCUCAAUUUUAGGAGAAUAAUGUAAAAAUCUCAAACAUCAGACACAUAAAGAGCAUAUUAAUUAACAAUAAAUGAUAAUGCACAGUUAAACCUUUUUUUUCCCCAUCCUUAAAGUGACCGGGUGCUUUGCUUUGUGACUUGAAUGUAAGGAUAAAACAUUGAGACGCACAAACUGGGGUUACGAUAUAUUCUGGUGUGAACAAACACCAGCCAUGAGUGAAAUGUUUAAAGGAAUGAACAGUUCAAGACUUUGAAAACUUGCUUUCUUGCUGAGAGUUGGAUGAAAAGGCAGGACAACCUCGAAACAAACCACUUUAAACCCGUGUCUGUCAUUGAAAUGCUUCUUUUUGUGCAAAUUCGAGUACAAGAGUUUGAAAGUUUGGUGUCUUUAAAGCUCCGAUAGGGAGUUUUUUAACUUGUUGGGAAAAUUUCAAACCAUCAGCAACAAGAUAAAAAUGGUGCAAAGUUUCUAAGCUUAAAUGAUUAGGUCCUUACACAUCAGGAACGACGAAAAUAUACGACGCGAAAUUAUGAAAUAUUUGGAGGCAAAUUUUGACGUGCGCGAUGCGAUUUUGCAACUUUCCGGGGGGGAAAAAGACGCAUCCCGGGUGGAAGCGAGAAGACUGACCCAACAGCAGACUGAGUGUUUUUCAGUUCUGAUUAGACUCUAGUGUUGAGAUGUCUGUCUGUCAUGAUAGCAUGUACUGAGUCAGGGCCAGUACCAGAUAAACACAUUAAACUAUAAUCCAUAAACGUAAGGUAACAACCGAGACCUAAUGGUGCUGUGACAGCAACGCUGUGAUUGAGUUUGAGACAGUGAAAAUACAUAUGGUAUGUUGUAUCUGAACAGGUUAGCUUACGAGCUAAAGUUACUUAGCACAGAUGAAAGUUAAAACAAAGACGUUUAUCAAACUGUUAAAGCACACAAACCAUCGUCAUAUGAGAAAUCCGACGCUAUGACUCUCCACAAGUUGUCCUUCAGGUCGUUAUCUUUGUGUUUUUUAUAAAAAAGUACUCUGUUCUCCGACACGUAAACAACCAACAACCAAUGACGCAAUCUGAUUGGUCAGAAGUGGACACGAAGUAUGCGAAACUUUAGAAAAAUCAACCGUGACACGAAAAAAUAAAUGCCGCAAUAUCGCAGGAUGGAAAAACGUCCAUGAUGUGAACGCUUGUAUUAACAGGAUACAAGUUCAGAAAAAAAAUAUUGACGUCCAAAAUAAUCGCACGAAAAAAACACUCCUGGUGUGAAAGGACCUUAAGAUCAGCAAAAUUUGACACCACCUGUAAGUUCCUCAGAGGAGCUUUAAGGAUCGAAACAGGUCUGCUCGCUGUAGCUCUAUGAGAAGCAACAACUUCCUGAUCUGAUUCUUGGCAAGAAGGCAAAUAAAACUCCCCAAAAGUUGAACUUUUCCUUUAAAUUUUGAUCCUGCAGCCGCUUUGACUGUUAAAAAAAACACAUAACAGGUUUACCGAAGAACAAAGGUCAAAGUGGCUGAAGAAAAAACAAACCAUCACAAAAUACGAUCUUACAAGUCUUUUUUGUGUUUUCUUUCUCUCCCGCCAGUCGCCAUGUACCUGGGGAUCAAAAAGGGGAAAAUAAAGACGGUAAACCCCGCUCCCUCAGAUUCACUUGGAGUAUGAGGACCACCAGCUCCAUGGAGCCUUGCGACAUCAUGCGGGAGAUUCGCAAGGUGCUCGACGCCAACAACUGCGACUACGAACAGCAAGAGAGUUUCCUGCUUCUUUGCGUCCACGGGGACGGGCGGGCCGAGAACCUGGUUCAGUGGGAGAUGGAGGUUUGCAAGCUGCCCCGUCUCUCCCUCAACGGCGUCAGGUUCAAACGGAUAUCCGGAUCAUCCAUCGCUUUCAAAAACAUUGCUUCCAAAGUUGCCAACGAGUUAAAGCUAUGA